AGGAAAAGAAAGGAAGAUAAAAUCAGAAUGACAACAACUGUGCAAGUUGUUGUAGGAUUUUAUAUUACGGCUUCAUUUUACUGUAAUUAUACAUUAUAGUCUUGUUUGUAAGUAUUAUUUUUAUAAUUGUAAUGUACUCUACUCUCUCUUAGCUUCUGUGAAUUGUAAAUAUGUAAGUGUUAGCAUUUCGGCAAUCCUCCGAAGUCCGGUCAUAAUUAUUUCGUAUGAAAAAAAAAUUGCAAUGCACAGUGAGUGUAAUUGUUAGGGAACAGCAGAGAUGUCAGUAUAGCUUUUGCAAAUGACUGUCACUUUACAAACCAGUCAGUCAGUAAAUACUAAAUGUUGUCAUUGGCGCAUAUCAUUUGCAAAUAGCAGCCGAAAACGUUCUGCUGGUGACUGUUACGCCACUGUAAGGCCCCCAAGUAGCUGGCAAACAGAUCGCGACUAGCAAGUCUGCCACUCUGAUAGCGGAGUUUACGUUUCGCUUGCAUCCAAAGUCCUUCAAUAGUUUCUGUGUGAAUGUCCUGGUCUACUGGAUCAACAAAUUCACGCGCAUGCACAAUGACAGCAUGAGCAUAAAUCCUGCUGUAGAGUUGACCAAAAUUUUGAUACCCUCGCCAAGCGUCCGUGACCACAGUUGUCCCUGGUAACACAUGACUAGUGAUAGUGCGCUCGAGCGUUUGUGCAUCUUGACGGCCGAUAACCUCCAUCCAACAUCGUCCACUAAGGCAAACAUGAAUUUCAAAACGGAAUGAUGCCCAAGACUUUUAAGUAAGGAUUAAUCAUUUGAAAUAAUUUGGGACCGGACUUCAGAGGAUUGCCAGCAUUUCAAACCACCAAUAAUACCAGCCUGAAAUUAUAUUAUUUAUAAAGUAAGGGCACCUAAAUCUAAGUAAGUGAAAGGCUAAGGGCACUAAGGCUAGAGAGUAGAGACAUACUAAAUUAUUUAUAUCAGGCCUAUUUAAUAAAUAUUUUGGUUAUUUUAAGUUUGAAUAUCCUACAUUUUUAUUUUAGCAGUUUUCCAUCACUAUACUAUAACUUAUACUUAUAAAAGAUUAGAACAGAGUGAGAUUGUACUGACACUCAGACUGAGUCUGAGGAGGAGUGAAAUUGAAAUUGACUUGAUUGAUUAGUAAUGAAUUGAUAAAGAUAAACAAUCGGAACCUCAGUCUAACUAAGUCUAGCUAGAAUUUACUCUUCAUUCUGUUAUACUUCUACUUUCUACCAAGUAAUAUAGUUACUCUAUUGUCUCCAUCUCUCUCUCUCUCUUACUCUUAGUCUUAUUUACAUUGUAAAAUUUACAAACUUAUGCUCUUAACUUUUGGAUCUGGUCUACUAUUACACUUUCAAUGCAAAUAUAUUCUUAUUCUAGUUAGCCUAUUCUAAUAGAAAUAAAAGUAAGAUAAGAGUAUUGGGAGAGGGAAAAUUUGGAUUAUAGUGUACACUUUGCCCUUGGUAAGCAUUUACUCUGUGUCUGUGCCUUUACAUUUAUCAAGUUAAGGGGAGAAUGUGUUACUGUGUUUAUUAAACUUACAAGUGUGCUCCGUACCAUGUAAUCAAAGGGGUCCAUGGCGAGUAGAGUAAGACUGGUCGACUGGUCUUUGACUAAAUAAAUAAUUACUAAAUUAGUGUAGCCCUAGCCGCAGGCCUAUAAAAAUAGUACGGAAACCUUAAUAAUAAUAAUUAUAAUAAUAAAUAUGCAUAUAAUGUAAACACUCUGAGUGUUUAUAGCACUUUUAGUGUUAUAAGGGCCUAGUGGGCCUAGUAUAAUGUAUACUUAUUAGCUGUUUUUUUAACAUGACAUUUUCAGAUAUAAGGGCCUAUCUAUAUUAUUAGUUGUUGUUUUUUUAAAUAUGACUUAUCAUAAUAUCCAAUUUUGUUACAUAUUUACAUUUUUAGUGAAUGUGCUCAUCACUGAAUUAUGACUUAAGAUCUUAAACUUUGCAUUAAUAGAAGUUCUUAAGCAUGAGUCUUGUUUCCUUUUCUAAAUUACCUUAAUAAGAAUGAAUUAAUGGCCUUAGAAGUGUAUUAUCAAUAGACUCAUUUGAUGAGGGGGGUGAAGAACUGAAAAAUUAGUUUGCCAGAAUUUCACUUUAAUAAAAAAAAGAAGAAAAAAUACUUCAUUUUAAAAAUAGUGUUUAAAAAAAAAUUAAAAAUUUUGCUUUCCGUAUCCGGAAAUUAGAUCAAAAGAAAUUUCGUAGUCGGAAAAUCAAUCGAGGGAAAUUUGAUCAAACGGAAAUUCGUCUAAUCGUUUUUUUUCAGUUGACACGUUAAAAUUUUGCUUCAAUUUCUUUUUGAACGCAUAUUUUGUUUUACUAUAUAGUAUAGUGCGUUCAAAAAGAAUUUUGAUGAAAAUUUAAACUGUAAACUGAAAAAAAAGAUUUGACCAAAUUUCCGUUCUAUCAAAUUUCUGUCGAUCAAUUUUCCGUCCAAAAAAUUUCUUACGAUCAAACUUCCGGUAACCCCAUAAAACAGUUAAUUAUUGUUGAAUCUUGUUCACUGAUUGCUAGAUUAUCCGUGAGAUUCCCUUCCUACAUUAACUGUCUAUUUAUAGAAAAAUUGCUGGCCUAUAAAUUGCAAAAUGCUAGUUGGGUGAUGCAAUGCUUUAAAUAACUUGUUCAUUAUUCUGCUCUAUUAGACUUGUUUCAUUCAUCUAGUUAUGUUUUAGCUGUGUGAAAACUCAAUUAUGUUUUUAAAAUCUUAUAGCAAUUAUCAAAUUUUGAAUGAUAUCACAACUUAUCUAAAUCAGUUCAACAUGAAAGUUCAGGGGGAAAGGACAACUAAUUUGCAGUCAGUCACAAAAUGAAGAAAUCAAUUUUUUGCAACAUAUUGUUACGUACCGUUGUAAUAUUAGAGAAUUUAAUCUCUUAUUUAAUUAAAGGGCUCGUUGACAAACAGGAUGCAACAAAAUAAGAUAUCAUAAACAAAAUACAAUAACUAAGUAACUAUACCGAAACUAGGGCUAAUUAAAAUUGAAUAAUUUUAUUAAGUUAAUAAUGAAUUACAAAAUUAAGAAGAAAAUAAAAUUAAAGCUAUUGACUUACACAGUAUAAUGAUUGGCUUGAACAGGUACAAUGUUGAAGAAGAUAGGAUGUUGUAAAAGGUAUAAUGACGAAAAAGGAAUCUACACACACACAUCAAAAGUUAGUAAACAAAUCUCUGUCUUGUAUAGCAAAACUCUAUCUUAAUCAUGCAGCUAAAAUAUCUCUCUCUGUCCUUUCCUUCCUGUCACUCAAUAUAUAGCCUGUUUUAAAGAAAUUUCUCAACGGGCGUACACAUUGUUUUCCUUUCCUGAUUUAACUAGAUUAUUCUACAAAAUUAAUAAUAAUAAUAAUAAUUAUAAAGUUUAUUUGAAAAUCACGCUUCAUCCCCAAAGGCUCGAAGCGCUGUACAUAGUCUAGUAUAUUAAAAGAGAAAUGAAACAAUCUAUAAUAUACCACAUUGAAAUACAAAAUGCAACAUUGCCAAAAAUAUAUAUGAGAAUACCCAUUCUAAGUCUUUUAUACCUUACAACCAUUAACAACACAGGCCAAUACACAUCCACAAGAUAAAAGCUAGAUAGACAAUAUCAUCCCAGCAGGUGUUUGCGAAAUAGAUAUGUCUUCAAAUCAGUUUUGAAAUACUCCAGUGACUGGCUGUUUCUGAGAGCAACAGGAAGGGUGUUCCAAAUUGUUGGGCCAGCAAAUGAGAAAGUACGCCCCUUGUAAGUCUCAAGGCCAACUCUUGGUAUCGAGAGUUUGCCACUAUCAGAUGAGCGGAGUUGUCUAGUGGGUACAUAAGGCGUCAGCAGCUCUUUGAGAUAGGACGGUGCCAGGUCAUGCAAGCAGUGGUAGCACAGAGUUGCAAUUUUGUACUCUAUGCGAGCGCAGACCAUCAUCCAAUUCAACUCUCUCAGAAGUGUUGUAGCAUGGUCAAAUUUGCGUUUGCGAAGAACAAUGCGAGCCGCAUUAUUCUGUGCUUUUUUAAUUUUAUCUAGGAGCGUAGCUGGAAGACUCACCAUAAGAGCAUUGCAGUAGUCCAUUCAUGAUAGCACAAAUGCAGACAUCAGCUUCUUUGAUGCAUCUAACGUUAAGAAAGGUCUGAUAUGGCUAAUUCUAAUGAUACAGACCAUAGAUUUUAUUUAGUUGUAAACAAGGUCAAGAGAGACUAUAUUUAGUUAGACACGCCCUAAAAGCGGUACCGAACUUGGGGUCAGCUAGAGUUCAUUUACGGGGUAAAUGACGUAAACAAGUCGUCUACAUAACAAUAUCAAAAGCCUUCUUGGAGACAUUCUGAAAAUCUAGCCAGUUUUCUGAAUCAAAAUGAGGAUCUUGUGCAUUGAAGUUAGUAGGCUGUGGAACCUGGUUAAACAAAUAUUUGAGAAAUCUGAAGAAUGAUUUUUAUCAAGUACAAAUUGGUAUCUCAGUUCUUCCUUGAUCCAUUCUAAUUUAGCAUUGAAAAAAAUCAAUAAAGAAAUAAUAACACUUGUGUUUGGACAACUAUGGCUUCAUAAAAUGAUAUGUUAUGGGAUUUAUUGAGUCAAAAUACAGACUCAAGAAUUGUAUGAUGUUCGAUGCAGUCAUAAAAUGUGCCGCAAAUUCUAAAUCCAGACAAACAAAAUUUGCUUGAUAAAAGGAUUAUCAAAUUUGGUAUAGCAUUUUGGAUGACAGAUAUGAAUAGUUGAGUUCCUUUUUUAAAUUCCAUUUAACAGCAUAUUUAAACAUUUAUUUUACUGUUGGCAAAUAUUGCUUCUCAUUGGCCAUUAGCUGCAACUGUGUCUACUUUAGAAAAUAGUUUGCUCACUCAUGAAUAAUUAAAUCUUUGAUAGUUUUGGCUCACAGGAAGUUUGCAAUCUUUUGCAGCUAAGAAUGAAUAAUUUGAAUAGAUAUAUUAUGAAAUAUUUUUGAUCGAAUAGACUGUAACACUACAGUCCUAUACUAAAGAUAUUCAUUUCAAAACUUUAUUUUUACAGUAUCAAACUUAAUGAGAAAGCAGCGUUACCAGUGUUCUUUAAAGUCUAUAAUUUUAUAUCAUCCGUUCACAGGCUCUGUUAUUUUCUUAAAAUUUAUGCUUCUGUCGCUAACUCCUGUACAGUUAAGUUCAUUUUGAAUAUAAAAGGACUGUGCUAAUUAUUAGACAAACAUAGCAGGUCAAUGGUGCAGCUCUAAAAAUUUACGUCCAAUCUGCCUUGAUUUUUUAAAUUAUAAAAUUGCUGUUAAAUCUUUUCAAUGUUUUAUCAAAUAUAUUCAAAAACUAUUUAAAUAAUUUUAAAUAGUCUCUUCCUUAAUGGUCCAUGAAAGAUUUCUCUUAUUCUCACCCUACUGCAGGUGUAAAGCAUGUGGAAACCACUGGUUUAGAUCACACCUAUGGCAACUAAUUUUAAUUAUACAUGACAAAUAGCUCAGUUUGUUCAAAGACAAACUAAAUCAUUUAUAUUAUACACAUUUUUAUAUUUGUUUAUGAUUAAAUCUUAAACUCAUAGACUAUGACAAGCUGAUGUUUAGAAAGUGCUUAAGCAUAAAGUCAAAUGAGCAUCUUCAAUAUGAUUCUGAAGUACUAUCCUAAAUUUCAAAAAAGAUAUACAUGAUAAAAUAUUAUUGUUUCUUAGUACUCGGCUCCCAUUCAAGAAACCCAACACUAAAUCUAGGUUUCACUUACAUAAAUAUUGUUUAGCAUCAUGUGACUGGUUUGUAACUAAAUGCAAACUUUAGGAUUAGAGACCGACCGAAAGAGAAUUCUGAUUUCGCCCAAAACCAAGCCGAAAGUUAAAAAUGACUUUUUUUCAACUUAAUUCACAUUUGCCUUUGACAAUAUUGAUAAUAUGAUAAUGAUAAAUCAAAAUGAAUAUCACAAAUGAAUUGAAUACUUUUGAAAUUUUACUUUUGAAAAAAUUAAAAACAAAAAUAAUAAUAUAAAUAUUACCAUUUCCGUAGAUUUUCUUCCACAAAACUAGUUACGUUAGCCUAGACUUAUUUGAAAUAAAUUUUUGGAAAUAAAUGACAGUAAGUCAUCAAUCAGUUGUGAGCAGUUUUUGUGACAGCAAGACGUCGAGCAAUAAUGAAUAUCGGAUUGCCGGCCUAGAGACAGACAGACAGUCUGACUUCUGGUAGUUAACCGAAAACCUCAAUCACUUUCGGCCAAAACAGAAAUUUAACUUUUAUGUUUCGGCCAAAACAAAAAUUAAACUGAAAGUUAACUUUUCUGUUUUGGCCAAAACUGAAAUUAAACAGUAAGUUAACUUUUCUGUUUUGACCAAAACAAGGCCGAAAGUGACCAAAGGGCUACUUUUGGCGCCAUUAUCUGGUUACUGACCUCUCUCUCUAAUAAAUCUGGUUGAUAAAACAUGGCCUAAAAAAGGGGCUAGCUUAGGUUUAAACACUCAAUCUGUUUUUGACUUGUGUUACAACAAAAUAAAACUCUCAUUUAAAAGUUAAUGUAAAUAGAUUAUUAAAGUUUAUUAUGACAGGCAAAAUUAUUAGAUCUGUUAAAUUUUCUAAUGUUUUUUUCAUUUCAUCUAUAGUCUUUGAGACAGGCUGAGAUGGCCAAGCUGCCACUCCUGGCUCUAGCUGCUUUAGCUUUUAAUGUGUGUACCUAUGCAGCCACUGUGCCCCCAAACAGCACUACAGAAUACAUCUUGAUGAAAGGAGCAAAGCCCAAAACGGUAAUUUGACACUUAAACUUUGUCCUUAUUUUGGAAAAGGGAAUUCUGUAGUGAGUUUGAGUUGGUGGGAGUAAAUAGGUUUCACUCUUUCUUUGUGCUGAGCAACUAAUGCUGUCACUCCAAUGAAACACCAUUAGUCUGUUGGCUGGCAAUAAUUAUGCAUAAUUCUAACAUACUUUUGCUCUUUAAAAAUACAAUAAAAAACUACUUAGAAAAAUGUUGAUUUCCUUUCUCUAAAACAACUUCAUGUACAGUCACUAAAAUUGUCAUUAAAAAAAGAAUUUUAGAUCCUAAUGCUGAAAUAAUUGCUAUAAAAUAGGUUUACAAAGCAAACAUUUGUCUGACAAAAUAAAUUUUUGAAAGAAAGUGAAUAUUUACUUCCUGUCUUUUGUUUUUGAAACCGUUUUUAAAAGACAACAUAAAACAAAAGACCACCUGUUGGUUAAACCUUUACAUAGCUAUUGAUUUUUUCCCAAUACAAUUGACCACUGUGUCUACAUCAGUCCCCUACCACUGACCACUGUGUCUACAUGUAGCUUUAUCUCACAGUGCUCUUUUGUUUUGGUUUCACUUGGACAUUGUUGUAGAGCCGGCUUGACAAAUGUUAAACUUAUUAGAAAAUAAAGAUUUUUUUUGUCUCUGAACGCUCCCAUACUUAAGCUUACAUCUCAGCUCAUUAAUUUUGAAUAAGUCAAAAAGGUUUGAAGUUAUCUUUAUAGGUGAUCAGGAUUUGUAGAUAAACACUAUUUUAAAAUGUUUCUAAAUCUUGAAUGAUGAAAGAAGCAACAAAAAUAAACUAAAGUAGUAACAAAUAUAAACUAGAGAAGAAACAAACAAUAAAAUACUGAAGUAACAAAAAAAUAAGCUAUAGUCAUAAAAUAAUAUUUAGUUGUAUUCUUCAGUCUGCUGCCGCUUAAUUUGCUCUGUGGCAACUAGCUUAGGUGACCCCAGGUUCUUGUGGCAACCUAAUUAGGUGACACAAUUUUCUGGUGUAAAGCGGCUUAGGGGACACAAUGCUCUUAUGGCAACCUGAUUAGAUGAACCAAUGCUCUGGCAUCAAUCCGAUCAGGUGACCCAAUGCUCUGGUGGCAACCUGCUUAGUUGACUCAAUGCUAUGUGUCUACCUCACAUGGGAAGACUUGACCUGGUAGACCAUGCAGAAGAUUCCUUUCAUAAUCCAUUGGUGGAAAAACAAGAGCUGCUAACAUGACGUGGAACACAUAAAGAGCACAGUGAGACACAAAAAAAAACUGCUGUUCAUCCAGUGCAUAUUGGCCUAUUUCCAGUCACCUAAACUAAGUCUUUCCACUGGAUCAAAAAAGAGAAGGACAGGAGAGUGAGGCUGACCAAAUGUCCAACUCUUCCUUAAUAGAAAUAAAGUGCAGGUCAUGGCUUUUACCAGGGUGUUUACUUGCAGUUAAAUAUCACCUUAGUCAUCUUCUUAUGCGAAGGACGAAUGACAAAGGUUUAGCUAGGGGUCUUGUCCUUCAUCAAGGACAGCAGGUGGAAAGUUUUGUUGGACCCAGUGAUCCAACACUUUUACAUAAGUUAAAGGUUUUUCUCUCUAUUUAGCAUGUUUAACACCAAUCACUUUCCAGUCUCAUGAAAUAAAAGGAAGCACGUCAGAUAAUCUCUCCCUCUCCUCCACCCCAACCAAGAUGUUGAAGUGAUUUUAUUUUGCUAUAAUUUUAAAAAAAAUUUUUUAUUUCUCAGAGAUUGGUGAAAAUUGUCCUAUUUAUGUUUUCUAGCUUAGAAAUAUUUGUUUGCUCUGCUUAUUUAUUUCACACAGCUUGAAUGCAGUCCAUCAUACACUAAAUAGUUCUGUCACAUCCCAAUACUUAAAUUGGGAUCUUUGCUUUCAAAGAAAUUCAAAAGUACUGUAUUUGUACGUUUUUCUUUCAACAGACACCUAAAAAUGGGGUGCAUCUUAUUUUCCAAAAAUAUAGGAAUCUUUGUUCUUAAAAAUGUUUCCCAUGUGCCGGCAAAUAGGUUUUUUUUUUUUUUUAAAUUAUUAUUAGAUAGAUGAAGUGGAAUAUUUUUUUAUAAUUUUAAAAUUAUUUCUUUAGUGGAUUAUUAAAGACAAUCAAAUUGUUUGUUAGAAUCAGAUUAUGUUGGUUAAACCUAACAAUUCCUAAUAUCCACACAAUGGGGCGUGAAAUGAAUAUCUUAUGUUUAUUACUCAACACAAAGUAAUAUUUACAAGGAAUUCAUUUCCUGAAGAAAAAAAAAGCACUUAUAGACAAACAAUGUAUGAAUUAUUUUAUUAUUGACAAUUUUUUUUCUUUUUUAAACAUGCCCUGUUUGGGAAUGGAUUUGUGCAACAAUUGUAUAAUGUCACUUUCAGGGACACAAUUUCAUUAUCACAUGCUGUCAUUUUUAAUAAUGACAAUAAAUGAUGUUUAAAUCUUUUUUUUUAAAUAAUAAAUCCCACUAUUAAGUAUCUACUAGCAAGAAAAGACUAACACAGUUCUUUUCAAAAUUUUCAUGUGUCAAAAUUGCAUUCUUGAACCUAAUUUAGGCUUAUCUUUGUUUCAGCCUGAUGCUUAUCUCUGUACAGCAUAUCAUGUGGAGGAAAUUAAAAAUUAUAUUUGUAAGUUUUUAAUUGAUUAAGAAACCAAUGAUUUUAGACACGCUUUGUGUUAAUGUUUUUCCCACUCCAAAUUCCUUUCAUUUGUCCCCAGGCUACUAAAAAGAGCACAUUAAGAAUUAGGUCAAACUGUAUCUUAACAAGUUAGUUUUUUCCCAAAACUGGCCUAUCCUUUCAUUUGCUCGUGAUGUUGCUAAAUAUAGCUUUUCUGUCUGGUCUAUGUUGAGCCCCACAUUUUUUCUAAAAUAAUUUCUGUAAAAUAAUAACCUUACUAGUAGAAAAGUGGAUACACAUAAAAGUUUAUAUGAUUUUAUGGUGUAUACAGUUUCUCUAAAUUAGCUGGGUCAAAUCAGCAUUUGAGGACAAUGUUAAAACAAAGAUCCUUCAAUUUAAAAUUUGCCAUUGGCUGUUUUCUUUACAUGAAAAUUUAAGAAAACAAAGUUAAAUAAAAACUUUAUAGACGCAAAGCAAUGGGUUAUUUGUUAAUUAUUUUGUUCUUUUGGGAACCAAUGACAUAAUUAAGGAGUAAAAAUAAAAUUUGGUAAAUAUGUCACAUGUUUAUUUCCAGGUGCACAUGAAGAGCAGUGUGUCUUUUACUUUGAUUUUAUUAAAAUCUAUGAUAAAAAUAAAAACCAAAUAAAUAUUUUUCUUGAAGUAUUUUAUCUCUAUAAUCAGCGGUCCUAAGACAAAACCUUAGAUCCAAUUUUUUUAUUUUACCAUCUCAAGUUCCAAUGGUUAUUUUUGGUAGUCAUAUUGAUUUUGAACUUGCAGAUAAAUUUGAGGCUGUAGCCAAUGCAUCAACAGCUCAUCAUAUGCUUCUCUAUGGCUGUGAUGGCGAGCCGUAUUCUAGUGACCCAAUUUGGUGAGUUUUCAUCACAAUAGUUACCCCUCAACAAAUGACACUAAUCAGAAAUCCUGAACUGACAAGUUUAUUUUAAUUUUAUCUUUUGUUUAAACCUUUUAAUGAGCCUGUGACAUUACAAACUCAGUGUUCAUUUUUUGGCUACAACAGGAAUUCAUUACAAAUAUCCGCAACUCACAAAACAUCAAUGACAUCCUGCAAAAUUAGAAUCAGUGAGCCACACAUGAGUGUAUGUGUUUCCACAUUGGAUAUCAAUUUCAAUGAUGAAAGAGCUGCUUGGAUACAUAGAAAAGAUUUAAGCAAAAUUUGAACUACCAUCCCUCUUUUUUUUUUUUAUAAAUUGCUUAUUAAAAUGUACUAAAACUAUUUUUACUUUUGUGUCUAUGUCGCUUGAUUUAAAUAAAUUGAAUUUGAUCAGUUAUCUGAAAAGCUAUCUCUAAUUCUCUUCUUCUGUUUUUUUUAAAUUCAGGAAUUGUCCAGCUAUGUGUAAAAGCUCACAAGCAACUAUCUUAUUUGCAUGGGCUAAAAAUGCCCCACCCACAGUUCUCCCAGAAGGUAAAUAUUAUCUUCUGUCCCAUCAUCGAUAGCCAUUGGGUUUUUUUACAAUGAGUUUAAAUUAAUUGUGAAUUAAGUUAAAAUAGAUUUCUUUUCUUAGUAUUUUUGUGGUUAUUUGACUGAUGCUUUGAAGGAGUUUAAAUAUCCACCUAUAUUUUUCAUCAGGUGUGGGUCUGAGGAUAGGGACCACCAUUAAAACUCUUGUGCUUCAGGUACAUUAUGCACGAAGCUUUCAAGGUAAAAAUAUUUUGUGUCUUAAUUUCUUCAACAAUAUUGCAGUCAGUUGAAAUAGAUUUAGAAUAGAAUAAGAUUGUUUUAUGCCACCAAUUCAGUAUGAAUAUUAGAUUUUACAUUGUCACUUAAACAAGUUUAGCCAAGGUAUAUUUGUACACAAUGUCUGGGGCUUUUUAUUGUUGUUGCUAACAAUAAUCAAAGCGUUUAAUCCUUGUUCGACUCUGUUGUGAAAUCAAUUUCUCUAUACUUGUAAGUAAUGAAUUUCCAAGCUCAUCUUUUAUUAUGUACCCUUUAGUUAUAUCCAUGUUAUUCUUCAAGUGGGAAAUGUCAUUUGUCUGAAAUUCUUUAAAUUUUCACAUGCUAGUAUGCUCCCAAUAGCUAUGUAAUCUCUUAUAAAUUUGUAUUUCUGCUUAUUACUCUUAUUUGUUGUUCACUUAUAAAAAUGUUUGCUGGAUAAUUAAAUUUCCAGAAAUCUCUGAAUAACAGCAAUUGAUAAAUUAAACAUUUUAAAACAGAUUGGUUAUUUUAUGGUUCAGAAAUGGAAAGAUAUAAUAGACUGGAGAAAAUUGCACGUCUUUUCUAUGAAAUGUUGUUUUAACCUCAGGUAUGCGGACAGAAAUGUGAAGAAAUAUGUAGAGAUUAUUGAACAUUCAAAUUGUUACUUUUAUUUUAAUUCUUUACUUUAACAGAAGAGGAGCCAGCAGAUCAUUCAGGAAUAAAAAUUUAUAUCACAAAGCAAAAGUGAGAACAUUGCUAAUAUUCUUUUACUUUUGAAAGUAAUGUUAUGUAUUACAAUCGUGAAAAUAUUCUAUAGAUAAAGCGCUUACACAAUAACAACCACAUCACACUAUAUAAUUGUCAUUUUUUCUAAAUAGGAGAGGUUUAAAUUCAUACACUGAUUUUUUAGAUAUAUAUUAUGAGGUUUUUUAAAUUAUCGAUGAAAUUUUGGAGGAAUUUGGAAUUUUAAAUUUUUAAAUUUAAAAAAAAAUAUAUAUUGCUUGAGCUUGUUUAGUUAGUAGAAAUUCCAACACAGUACAUAGUUUGCAGCAAAAUGUUAAACUUUUCAUAAGUAAAAUAUAUAUCUAAAAGAAAAUACAAUCAUGAAUAUUCUUGUAAAAGGUCAUUUUUAAUAAUAUAAUGUUCUCUGCUCCUUUGACCAGACCACAAUAUGUAGCAGGAAUAUACAUUUUGAUGGCAGGGUAUUUUUCUAUUCCAAGUGGUAAAAAAUGUGAGUGGUAGUUGUCCAUGAAAUAUUUGUUUAAAAUAAUUUACGUAUAGGCUAUGUGUAUUCUGCUAAGUAAUGAAAACCAACGCUUAUAUAAUCAUUUAAUUUUAAGUUUUGUGCAUACAUUUUGUCUAUCUAAAUGAAUAACAAAAAAAUAUAUAAAAAACACAUAGUAUUUAAAUAUUUGUUUCUUUGCUUUACAAACAGGGAACAUAUGUUUUAACCCUUAUAUUGUUUAUGUUUGUUAUUUAGGUAACUUAAAUCUUUCAUAUCUCUCUUGUGUUUAGCCUAUCCUGUUGAUGUAAGCUGUUCAUUUAAUGAGGAGAAAAGUAUUUUUCCUUUUGCAUACAGAACACAUGCACAUGGACUAGGUAUGUGGCACAAAAAAAACCAUAGAGACAUAUUUUUCUAAAUUGGAGUCAAAUUCAUAGAUACAUAAGUUUUCCAUUUAAAUUGACAACUAUCAACUUAUAUUUAUUCAAAUUAAUGAUAAACUCACAUAUAAGCGUGUAGAUCUAACUUAUUUCUUGAAAUCAAUCAAUAUAAUUUCUAACACUUAACAAUUUUUUCAAAACAUUGGUAGAGCUUUGAAGUUUAGUAAGUAUAACAAUACAUAUUGUAUGAAAGGGAAAUUUUUAAAAAUAAAAUUAAUAAAAUCUAGCAAAAAAUCAAGCAGUUAUUUAACUCUUUCAGGUCGAGUGAUCACUGGCUAUCAGUUCAAUGGAUCUCAUCACGAAAUAGGAAAAGGCAAUCCACAAUGGCCGCAGGUAGAAUUUAUUUGUAGUAAAUUUUCUUUGCAAAAAAAAAAAAAGUUUCCCAAACAGAUGAUGUAAACAAAAAUAAAUGAGACUUCACUUAUCAGCACUCGUAUCAAAGGAAAUCUAGUUACCAAUGGAUGCACCUGUUUCAACAGUUCUUCUUAAAAUCCUCCCCAUCAGUCCUUUUCAUGAGUUAAAAUAUAACACACAUAGUAGAGGAAAACCUGAAAGAACACAAAACAAAACAACAGACGUUUCUGUUAAGAAGCAGUUGACAUCAAAAUAAGAAAGAUUACUAUAGAUUAUUGUUUUCAGUUUAAUUAUGUUCUGUGAUCUUUUGCUUAAUAUUCAUGUUUGAAAAAUCUUUCCAGGCUUUUUAUUCCACACAAAAUAAGAUAGAGGUGAAAAAAGGUGACAAACUGGUGAGUUGUAACUAAAUAAUCACAUUGCUGAUGUAUUCCAUAUAUAUAUAUGAUUCCUCAAGCAGACCUGUUUACUCUUACGAUUUUGGUAUACAAUGUACGAUUAUGAAAUGUCUUUUAAGACUGUACGCCAAAACUCGUCAGAACUACAGUGUUGAGAGACCGGGUUGAAAAUAUAUACAUUCUGUUAGUUUUUUUCCGAUAAAAAAAAUAUGAAUUAAAAAAUAUAUUUUCGGUUAUUGUUUUCAUUUGCAUUCUACAUCCAGCAGUGAAUGGAUCGAGAAAUACGAUUGGUUGGGGACCUUCAUUCAUUAUAUUACGUUUGCCCUGAGAGGCAAUGGGAGUGGUGUUGAUUUAGGGGAUUUUGCGUAUGGGGGAUGGGGGUCUAAAUAUUUAAAUCCAUAAAAUCAACACCGCCACAUUUUCAUAAUGAUGGGGAGGGGGUUGCGUUAUUAAAUAAAUUCAUCCAGAAACUCUGAAAGUCCAAAAAUAGCAUAUUUAUAUCUCGAAUGCUGAAAAAUACCACCCGAUGUUUAGUAGGAAUUAUCGUCGUGUUUUAACAAAUGAACACGCUAGCUAUUCUCAGAUAGUAGAGAUAUUACAAAAUAUUUAGUCCACCAUAUGUUCAACAUGCGUGGCAAGUCUAUUUUGUUGGGCUACGCCAGUGGUUCUAAAAUUUUCGUGUCCCGGCGCCUGUGUCAAAUUUAUGUUUUCACCAGGCUGUGAAAUUCUAACAAGUACACUUCGAAAUAGCGAAUACAUAAAUAAAAUGAAAGGUUGUGUCAAAAUAAAAAAACACGUAUGUGGUCACAAAGCACCAUCUAGUAACUGCAUACAGUAGUUACUCAUGUGUAAUACUGUUUGCACCAUGACCUAAAUAAAGAUGUCACAUUGGAUUAAAAUUUUAUAAUAUUUUGCAACACCCCAUAUAGGAAAAUGUGCACCCCCCCCCCAACGCUUGGGAGGACUAGCAAAAGGACAAUUUAUUGUCUUUGUGAAGUAAAUGGGAUUUGUGGUUUAAUUCACUAUGAAGGUCUUUUUUAAAGACGAUUUUGACGCCCUCUAAUUUUUGCGCCUCUUGUUCCUUACCCCAUUCUCAUGGCUCUGCCCGAGGACGAGCAGCCGGGGCGGUGCGGCGUAUAUUCUGAAAACCCGUGACACAUUUUGUUGACCGUACUGUAACAUCAUAAAUAUAGAAAGAUUAUUGGAUCUUGUUGGUUGUUUUUGUUAUGUUUGGAGGGGUUGAAAGCUCACUUAACAUAAGUUAAGAUUUAGUCAUUUUUUUAAAUUUCCUACAACCUGUUAUCCCAGCCAACACAUUCCAGUCUAGAAUUACUUCUUUAUAAGAACUGGGCAUUAGGAAUAGAAACAGUUUAUAGAAUCAUUACAAAUGCCUAAUUUCUAUAAACUAUUACCAAUUUAACACAACAUUUUGGCAUUAACCAGUUGAUUAACAUAGUAAAUCACUUCAUCCUUGUCCUCACAUGAUCCAUUCCAGGCUGCUCGAUGCACUUAUGACUCCACUUCUAUGACACAUCCAGUCAGUGUAGGGUGAGUCCAGAUAGUAUUGCUAGGUUAUGCUCACUUUUUCAACUUAAUGGUAAUUAAAUUGUGCAACCAACAUUUGUGAGUCCAUUGUUAUCAUUCCUCUUAUUAAUUUGUACCUUUUUGUGUAUUAUCAGGUCCACAGGCAGUGAUGAGAUGUGCAACUUUUAUAUCAUGUUCUACACAGACAGCUCAGUGGUCAAUCCUUAUGGGCAGUGUGUAGGGGAUUUUGAGCCUUUAGUGACUGGUCAGAACUUCCCAAAAGAUGUCAGUGACCCUCUACCCCCCAAUCCUGACCUGGAAGAGGAGGCAAAGGGACAUCAACAUCAUGGGGUGAUGACUGCGUCAAGCCAUAACCCCUCUGAGGAUGUAGAAAGUAAGCAGUAAAUCCAUUGGAACAAAUACAAAUUUCUUGACCAUAAAAUGAGAUUAUUGUAUCAAAAAAUUUCAUCCAAAAUAGUUGUCAUGUCCUAGUGUUAUUAAAGUGAUGAGAUCAUUAUGUCUCUCCUUAUGUUUCAACCUGGAACAUUUUACAUGUACGAGAUGCAAUUUGAUACAUAUACAAUAUGCAUUGUGAUACAUGUGUGAGAGACAAUGUGAUACAUGUACAAGAUGCAAUGUGAUGUAAAACAAAAUAUAAAAAAUAAGUGCUGGUGGCGUUACUUAAAUGAAUUAGUCCGUCGCAUUGUUUAAUAAUAAUAAAAAGUGUCCGACAAGAAAUAAAUUUGUCGGUACUGAAGUAGUGAGGCGACUGGCAGAUAAAAAAAAAAUGUCUGAUGAUUCGUGUUGCUCUUUUAAAAAAAAAACUUUAAUCCUCAAAAACUAAAGGACACUUUACUGUACAAAAAAAUACUUCUUUGAAUUUCAACUGGAUGAGCUUUUUCUGUGAGGAGAAUUCAGUUUGUCCUUUUGUUUGAUGUAGACAACAUUUAAGAACUUGUUUCUGGUAGUUCCAGCUUGUACAACAUUUGCAAACUGCUCACCCGGUGAAGGGUGGAACAUGAAGUUGUUUUUUUAAAGCCAUAUUAUAAAACUGUAACUGUUAUUCUCUUAUGUCUGUUUCAGGAAACCCUAUUGCAGAUUCACAAACAGAAGAUAUCUUGAUGAGGGGUGCCAAACCUGAAAAGGUAAUCUUUAAUCAUAUUACAUUCCUAAUGUAUAUUUAUUCAGUGUAUACUGAAUAGGCUGGUGUGUGGUAUAGAAUGCUGGUGUUGGUCCUCGAGCCUUACGUUGCUGGUCCGCACAACAUGAAUAUUUAUGGUCAAGUAAAAAGAAAAUAUAAUGAAUAGCUCUGGCACCAGUCCCUGGUGCCAUUGCGCAACUUGUCCAUCUGUCCGCCCAACUUUCAAGUUUUAAAACAUUAGAUUUUUUGUUGUAUAAAUUCACGUUAUAUUAAAAAUUGUGCCCUACAAAGUAUGAAAAUAAGGGGGAUGAUUUCUUUUUUAUUCAAUGAUUAAGAUGCAUGUCUUUUUGAACAAAAUGAAGUAUAGUUGGUUAAAUUUUUUAUUACUGAAUAUUGUUUAAUGAUGCUUUUCCAUAUUUACAAAUAAUAAGUCACACAUUAUUGGGUAAUUGAGCAGCUCUUUUUUGUAACAUGUACAAAAUUAUGUGUUUCAGUCUGAUGCAUACUUGUGUACAGCCUAUCCUCUUACAGAUCAGGAAUAUUAUAUAUGUGAGUUUUCCAUGUCAUGCUCUCAAUAAGAACGCUUUGUUAGCAUGAUAUGACACAUUUCAACACAACCCAUUAAACAUAGUUUUCCUGAAAGUUACUUUUCCAUAGUUUCUUACGUGGUUUGCUGCUUUCUUUCGCAACAGUUGAUUUUGUCACAGAACUUUUAACAUUCCAAAAAAUAUAUUUUAUAGACACCGUCUGAAGACGGUUACCGGAAAUUGUUAGAAAUUUAUUCCAUGGAAAAUUGAUCGACGGAAGUUUGGUUGAACAGAAGUUUGGUUGAAUAUUUUUUCAGUUACACAAUCUUUUUCUUUUUGAACGCACUAAAAUAUAUGGUAAAACAAAAUAAUGCGUUCAAAAAGAAAUUUGACGAAAAAUUUGAUCGUCUGAACUGAAAAUAAAAUUCUAUCAAAUUUCCGUUCGACCAAACUUCCCAAUAUCAAUUUUCUGUCCCCAAAAUUUCUUUCAAACAAAUUACUUUAUACGGUCUGAAGGCACUAGCUGAAAGAGACUAACAUUUUUCCGGGGGAUUUUCCAUCUAUUAUUGAAUGCUUUUAGAUAGCACAAAAAAGUGGGGGGGGGGGGGGGGGGGAUUUUGGGUUUAAUUUUGAUUGUUGAUACCCAAUGUAUGUUAUUUAAAUUGGUUUUGGUGGGUUUUUUAAAUGUGAGUUCUUUAACUUGUAACUGACAUUAUCAAUCACUUAAACAUUUUAAAGUUUUUAUUCAUAUUAAAUCAUAAUAAGGCGGGAGACUCGGAUCAGGUUAAGUUAAAGGAACUGUGCAAAACAAGGUAGGGGAAAACUUGAAAAAAGGGUGCAGCAAAAACAACUAAAAUGCCGGCAAGAAGCUUUCAUCAGCGAAAAGUACAAACAAAUAGCAACAGAUAUUAAAAUGAAAAAAAGAACUUAGCUUAAAUAUAGUAUCCCAGAGAACAUCAAGAGGAAGGUAAAUCUUUUCUCUGCCCCCUACUUUUUACAACCAAUCACUGUGUAUGCCCUUUCCUUUCGUACCCCCUCUUUGCCGAUAUUAAUUCCCUUACCACCUUCCUCUUGCUCUUAUCUUUUUUCCCUACCUUGUACUGCAUAUCUUCAUUUUAAAUAAAGCAUUUAUUGAACUCAUGAGAUUAUUUAUGGGGCCUUACAUUAAAAGUUGUUUUACAGCCUACAUCAUGUUAACAAAGUUAAAGGACAUCGGUUUAACAUACACUGUUUUUAUACUAAUAAGAGAGAUGCAAUUUAAAAUGGUUAACGCAGUAAUAAUUUUUAUGUUUUUAGACAAAUUUGAAGCGCUGGCCAAUGCCUCAACAGCACACCAUAUGUUGCUCUAUGGCUGUGAUGGUGAGCCAGCUUCUAAAGAUCAAAUUUGGUGAGUUCUACCGUUUAUACUUGUGUAUAGGUCGCACCAGUGAAUAUCUCGCACCCUUAGUUUGGUGUUGUCAAAGGGGUUAUUUAGAGUGGAUCUGUAGAUAAGAUGCACAUAAAUAAACGAUUCUUAACAGAUGUCUCAUAAAUGUUUCCACAACUUGAAAACCAAAAAGCAGUGGACAUGAUCUUUAAUAAAAAAUAAAAAGGAUUUCCCUCUGGUCGAACAUAGCGUUAAGGGAGAUCAAGGGAGAAAGCAGUUCUCCAACUUUUUUAAUAUAUGACUACUUCACUCUGAAUAACAAUAAGCGAAAUUGAUAUUGAGUGGAUAGGUCGCUACCCUGAUUUUAUCAAAUUUUUAUAAAAAAGUAGGACCUUUACAAAAGUAAUUGAACCUUAAACCAACCAAAGCAACCAAUUAUCUCAUGUGUGUACCUAUUCAUAUAGUGUGUAACACUUGUUAGCUCCUGUAACACUUAUGGCUUCUCUAAAAGUUUCUAUAACUGAACUAUUUACAAGGCAAGGCACUUCUGUUCUGAUAAAUAAAAUAAUUUAAUGUGUCUUAAACAUAUAUUUUUUUUCCCCACAGGAACUGUCCAGCCAUGUGUGAUGGAAAACAAGCCACAAUUUUAUUUGCCUGGGCCAAAAAUGCUCCCCCAACAAUACUUCCAAAAGGUUAUAGCUGUUUUACUUGAAAGUUAAAAGUAAUUAUUUGUAAACAUUGAAACAUGCAUGAAAGCAGUAACUCAGCUUUCACACAGUAUCAUUGAGGAAAUAGAUAUUCUCUUUAAUUGCUUGCCAUAAGCAAAAAUAAAAUGCAGUUGUUAUGUCUUAUUUGAAGAGGGGAAAAAGUGUGUGUGUGUGGGGGGGGGGGAUGUAAAUUCUGGAGGAGACAAGAUACAUGUGAUAUUUUAAAAGUUACUAUUUGUUUGAUGCAUGACAUAUUUCAUGAGUUGCUGGUUUAGGACACAUUUGAUGGAACCACCUUGAAUUUUUUUGUAUAGGAAAAACUAUUUCAUGUAUGAAUUAAUACAAUUUUUUUGUAUGUCACUUUUACAGGUGUGGGUCUGAGGAUAGGUAGUUCCACUUCUAUUAAAACACUAGUUCUCCAAGUGCAUUAUGCCAGAAGCUUUGAAGGUAAGAAUGUUUAUCUGCGAAUUCCAUGGUCAUUUGAUUUCUUUUGGUUUGAUGUAAAAAAUAAUUGCCCACACUUUGACAUGGUUAGGCUUAAUGUAAUUUUCAGGAAAUAUUUUUCUUUGAUGAGCAAUAGAUAAGAAGAAAUUACUCAAAAACAGCACAAAAGAGCGUGUUACUUUAAUUUUUUUAUGAACUUAAUUUAUUUCAAAAAGACGUAAUUCAUUUUUUUUAAUUGCAAAACCCAACAAAUGACAUUUAGAUGCAGAUAAGUGCAAAAACUCAUCUUAAGAUAUUGGAUAUAAAAUUUAGUUCUUCAUUUUUAAAAUAUUACCUGAACAGAUUCAGAAGCUCCAGAUCAUUCAGGUAUCAGGAUCCAUACAACUCAUAAAAAGUAAGUAGCUUGCAAAUGCUUGUUGAGAUUCACAUACAAAUCAGAUCUAUUAAAAAAAAUGUAUUUUUAAUGCAUUGUUUAUUUUUAAUAUUUCAAAAUGGAAUGCAUAGUAAUUAUUUCUUAUCUUUCCCAGGCAAAAAUUUGUUGCUGGCAUCUUUCUUCUAAUGUCAACCAGCUUUUCCAUACCUGAGGGGAAUUCUUGUAAGUUUGGUUAAUUCAGCAUUGAUUAUUGAAUGGAAUCCAUGAGAUCUGUUUCAAUCGUCAAUCUAGUGCUAUUUAAAUGUUGAAACUGUUAACCCACAAACUGUGGCAUGCAUCAUUCUGUGGUGUGGAGCUUUUCAGAGCGUUUUGAGUGUCAUUUGAAAUUGCAUUAAAUGACAUAGAAAUAUUGAUACAAGACCCCUAUAAGUAUAUAUUUUUAGAAAGGUAAAUGGAUGGGGAUAAAGUUGACCAUAUUGCCCCGCUGUAAAAAAAUUUUUUGCUCAGUGUCCUUGACCUUGGAGUUCUCAAGAAAAAAAAAUCGACAAAAUGUCUUGCUUUCAAGUGCUCAUAACAUCAUUAAGUUUUUUAGAUACACUUAAAACACAAAUUUAAAUGUUGUAGCCAAUUCAUUUAUCUUUAAGAAAAUGUAUAGUUUGCUAAGGUUUUGAUUGCAAUUAAACCUCUGAAAGCAAUUUUAGUAAUUUUAGGUCAUUUAUAUAAGAAACUGGGACCACUGCUAAAACCAAGUACAAAAAACGAAAUCUCAGGCAAAUAGUUAUUAUUGACUAGUAAACAUUUAAAAAGGACCUGUGGAACUGAUUUGGGUUGUUUAACUAUAAAAUUUAUUAGUCCUGAACUAUAAGCUUCUGUGACUAAAAUUCAGUCAGUCCUUGCCCAACCUCAGGGCCUCGCUUGAAGUCUAACAGUAGCUUCAGUAGGCCUACUUCAGUAUCACUAAGACUAGUAUCAGAUUCACGAAAAGAAGAAUCUGAAGUGAGAUGUCAUGGGGAAUGUUAAAAUCAUCAUCAGUAUCACUUAAAACCUCUCCUAUAAAGCUUUCAAACAUAUUUCAAUUAGGUCUUGCACUGAAGGCCCAGCCAUGGCUUCAACCAGUUUAGCUUUUAAAAAAGCAGCGAAACAAAACUCCGAUUAAAAAGUAUUUAUUUUCAAGUUAUCACGAAACAGCUUGAACCGGAAGAUGAUUUAAUUAUUAAUAAAAGGAAGUGGCUAUAAUUCCGGUUAAAUAUUGGAUGGAAGUUGCUAUCGGACCGUGUUUUUUAUCGGCCGAUUUUUUAGCCCGCGACAGAACGAGAAAGUCGGCUGAUUUUUCCGGCCGACCACAGUUCGUGGGUUAAGAUAAUUUUGUAUUUCAAUUUGUAUUUAUAUUUGUGUUAUUCAUUUAAAAUCAGUAUAUGUGAUGAAUUACAACUGCAAUAUAUGGAGAUUAGAUUGUGCUUGAGCUUAUAAUCACUUUUUUCAACACUUUAAUGCCAUUUUUUUAAAUAGUUACAAAUUAUGUCGAAAUAAUUUUUGUUAACCAGUAAAACUUUUUUUUAUAAUGAAUGCAUUAUGCAAUUUCAACAAAAAUGUUAAAUUCCCUGGUUUUGAUUAUUUUUUUUGGGGUAUUUUCUAUGUGCAGCAUAUCCAGUUGACAUUAGUUGUAAAUUUGACCAGGAAAAGAGCAUUUUUCCAUUUGCUUACAGAACCCAUGCUCACGGACUUGGUGAGUGCCUUAGUGUAAGGCUUAGACAUCAAUUAAAAGGAAUUGUUUAGAGAUGUAAUUGUUAUUUACUUACAAUUGGAAAAAUAUUUCUAACAAAAAAAAACAAACAGUUUUUAAAUAAUUAAAAUACACUUGCUAAAUUUUAUUUGAAACUAAAUGCUGCUGGCACAGGGACACUUAAAUGCCAAAAUAAAGAAUUAUAUAAUUUAAGAGUUAUGGAAUUUGAAAAAUUCCUUAUGUUUUUUAAAACGGAUAUAUUUUAACUUAUAACAAAAUUCCUUUUUAUAUCAAUUUAAGUGUCACUGGAGAAAUAUUGUCCUGUUCUUUUAAUAGAAUAUUAAUUCAGCCAAGGAUUUUUCUCUGGGAAAUCUUUAGGUCGUGUGAUUACCGGCUACCAAAAGAAUGAAACGUACCAUCAGAUUGGCAAAGGAAAUCCUCAGUGGCCACAGGUAAGUGUACUUUAUGUUCUCAUUGCUUCUAUAAGCCAUGAGUUAAAUGAAGUUGUAUUUGUUAGCAAUGGUUUAAGUGUAUGAAUUACACAUUGACCUUGUCUAAUAAAUUUACUAAAUCUUUAAUUUUAUCCUAGGCAUUUUACCCUGUCAAGGAUGUCAUUGAGGUCAAGCCUGGAGAUUAUCUGGUGAGUUUCCAUAAUAAGUUAUUUUUUGUUGAUAUCUAAAAUUAUGAAAUGGCAUGAAUAAAAAAAGCAAUUUGAGAGUGAAUGUUAAAAUUUCUCUUCAUAUUACUCCCCUUAUUGAGCUCUUUAAUUUUUGUAUGCAUUGACUAUCGUCCUUUGUUCAUUUAAUAAUUAUUAUUUUUUUAACAUCACUAGAGACAAUUUUAAUGAAAUCUUAGGACGUACAUCUUGCAUAGAUUUUAUUUGCAAGGACUUUAUUCAGCACAGAUAUUCAAUUUAAAAAAAAAAUAUAUAUAUAUAUAUAUAUACACACACACAUAUAUAUUUAUUAACAUAUUUGUAAAACUUCCAGGCUGCCAGAUGUACUUACGACUCUACAUCAAUGUCCCAUCCUGUCAGUGUGGGGUAAGUCCUUAGUAGCAUUAUAGACCAUUUACUCCUUUAUGUGAAUGGUGCACAUGUAUGUAACGUGGCUGAUGGGAAAUGUCUCUCUGACCCCUUCAUGAAGCUACGUGAAUGGCACACAUGUAUGUACAGGGAGAAAUUAACUUGAAUCCAGCUUCCCAAAAUUAAUUUAAAUUAUUAGAGGGUUGAAAUGCAAUGAAGCUUAGGUAGAUUAAAGGUACAUUGUGCAUAUAAUAGAGACCGACCGAAUUUCGGUUUCGGCGCCGAAAGUGGCCAUUUUAUCACUUUCGGCCAAGUUUCGGUUUCGGCCGAAACUGAAAAGUUAACUUUUGGCUUAGUUUCGGCUGAAAAAGAAAAGUUAACUUUCGGUUUUUCUUCGGUUUCGGCCGAAAUUGACUUGGACUUUCGGCCGGAUGAGGUUUUCGGUCAUCUAAUGCUCAGCGAAAACGAUAUUUAACAACAAACUAAGCGACAUUUAAGAACAAAUUAAGCGAUCUUUGAGAACAAACUAAACAAUAUUUAACAACAAACUAAGCGACAUUUAAGAACAAACUAAACGAUCUUUAAUAACAAACUAAACGAUCUUAAAGAACAAACUAAAUGAUUUUUAAGACCGAACUAAAUGAUCUUUAAGAACAAAACAAAUGAUCUUUAAUAGUAAACUAAAUGAUUUAUAAGAAUAAACUAUGCUAUCUUUAACAGAAAACUAAAUGCUCUUUAGGAACAAACUAAAAGAUCUUUAAGAACAAACUAAUCGAUCUUAAGAAAAACAAAUCAAUUAUCUUUAAAAACAAACUAAGGGAUCUUUAUGAAAAAACUAAGCGAUCUUUAACAACAAACUAAGCGAUCUUUAACAGAAAACUAAAAGAUCUUUAAGAACAAACUAAUCGAUCUUAAGGAAAAAAUCAAUUAUCUUUAAGAACAAACUAAGGGAUCUUUAUGAAAAAACUAAGCCAUCUUUAACAACAAACUAAGUGAUCUUUAUGAACAAACUAAACAAUCUUUAAGAAAAAAUAAAGCGAUAAUUAACAAAAUUUGGACGAUCUUUAACAAAAAACUAAGCGAUCUUUUAGAACAAAUUAAACGAUCUUUAACAACAACUAAGCGAUAUUUUCGAACAAACUAAGCGAUCAAUAACAAGCAACUAACGAUCUUUAACAACAAACUAAACCAUCAUUAAAAACAAUUAAAGCAACCUUUCAGAACAAUUUAAGCGCUCUUUUAGAACCAUAUCAGAACAACAAUUUUUAGAGACCCGGUUUAAAAAAAUAUUUUGCAUUAAUUUUGCCCCCCCACCCCAUUUUUGCCAAAUUUUCUCCUACCAUACUAAUUAAAAAAAAUUGUAAAGCAAUUUAAAUUAAUUUUAUAUUAAAAUGGUAAAACCCAAAGUAUUCAUUAGAUCAAGGGUCCCAAACUCAAAUCAUCAGGGGGCCGCAGGAGGUUGUGUCUGAAUGAGAGUGGGCCGCAUCAAGUAUUCCACAAAAAAGCGAUUACAACUGUUACAAUCUGCUCAACCUUUAUAAAUAACAAUAAAAUCUUUAAGGGUUCUCAAGAACUAGAUUCACUUUCAUCUACCUACUCACUGUUGCAUACAAAAAUAUAUAAAAAAAUUUUUUUGUUAAAUUUAGAAUUAGACUAGUUGGUGAGAUUCGUCUGAAACCGCCGCGGAGAGUCACGUCAUAGAUAUGAGAAUGGGGGAAACGGGACUGCGCAUUAACACUAAACUUUUGUGUCAUGUAGCAGGCCGCAAAAAAUCGUCUUGCGGGUCACAAAUGGCUCGCGGGCCGCGAGUUUGAGACCCCUAUGUUAGAUGUUUAUUUAUUAAUAUUCACGAUUAUCCCAUUUUUUAUAAAAAGAAUGUAAAUAUUUAUACUUUCCCACAUCAUUUUCGAUGUAUGCGGGAACGAAUUUCAAAAUAUCUUAAGAUUUCAGUCUUGGCUUUGGUUUCGGCCGAAAUUCAUUUUUAACUUUCGGCCUUUUUUCGGUUUCGGCCGAAAGUCAUUUUUAAACUUUCGGUAUUUUUUCGGUUUCGGCCGAAAGUCAUUUUAAACUUACGGCUUAUUUUCGGCUUCGGACGAAAUCAGAAAAUCACUUUCGGUCGGCCUCUAGCGUGUAACAAGUAUUGUUAAACUUUCAAAAUGUUAGAACCUUGCAUGUUUAGAGAUAAUUCUUUUUUUGAUCUGUUUAAAUGACUGGAAGACCCAUGGCAUGAGGCUAACCCAACACACACACUUAUCACCAACAUUAUCUUGAAUGUACAUCAGCUGGUAUAUCAUGUCUCUUUUAAUAAAUUGUAUUGUUUUAUCAGAGCCACUGGCAACGAUGAGAUGUGCAACUUCUACAUCAUGUUUUACACAGACAGCUCUGUUCUUGAGCCUUAUGGGGACUGCUCAUAUGAUGAAUACCCAGAUUUGACCGGCCAAAAUUUUCCCAAAGAUGUUAGCAUGCCACUCCCCCCUAACCCCGACCUUGAAGAAGAAGCCAAAGGAAAUCACCAUCAUGGUGGGAUGUCGGGAUCAAGCCAUGGGUCAUCUGAUCAUGUUGACGCACCAGAAGAUGGAGGUAGUUAUUUGAACCCUGUCAUUUGAGAUAAGGAGUCAUGUCUAAAUACCUUGUUUCUCAUUUCUUGAAUUCAUUACUGAAUGAUAAUACAAUGUUACGUCUAGGUAUUACUAUAAUUGUUACGACGUUCUCUUGUUGUGGACUACGCCUUGCAGUACAUAACUAUGCACUGGUAUACACAGUUUGACAAUUAUGGAACACCAAUCACUCAUCUUAAGUCCCUGAAUAGUAGAUGUUCAAUAACCGACUUCUUUAUUACUCAUGACACAUGCCAACAGCAGUGCUUGAGAACUCCCCUACCACUCUCAAUCUCAUGACUUAUAUCCACUCACUUGUUUAUUAUUAUUUCUCUGUCAUCCAAAUGACCAUUUAGCCACAAGAGCACAAUUCAUGACAUAACUCAUGGACCAAAAAGUGUUCACACUAACAACAGUGAUUCUCAUACCCUUGACAUACAGGUUCUGGGUUUCAUAAUGGUGGCCUACAAUUAUUUAACCAAUUUCAUAUAUAGAAUUUUAUACAUUUUUUUUAAUUAGUGACUUGAAGCAAUUUCAUAUAUUUUAAAAAAAGUGAUUUGAUUCACGUCAAGUUUUUUUAUUAGAAUUUAGAAAAUCGACUCCUUCAAACCACCAGCUCAUAAUUAUCAAGAGACAAUUCUAUUUUCACUUUUAAGCACUUCUUUGUUAAAUUAUUUAAUUUAUGUUCAUAUUCCAUGCUUUUGUAAAAAUGACUUUACUGAUGAUUCAAGUUGCAUGAGUCAGCUUUGUUAUUGUUAUAUUUAAAUUUUGUAAGUUUUAGGUUUCAGAUAUUCUUAGAUCUGUUGGCCCUUUGUUUAAGUUCUUUGUGUUAACCCUUUGAACCCGAGAUCCCACUUUAUCUGUCUGUGCAUUAAAAAUCCACACCCCUCCAGGCCAAUAUUUGGGUCUCCCUUACCUUUCUCUAGAUUGACGGUGGGCAUAUAAAAAUUUGUUGUAAAUACUGAGUUCAGGGUUUGCCACAUGACUUGGGAAAGGUCACAGUAAUGGCCGCGCCCAUGGAUGCAUUGUUUUUGUUGUGUUAAAUAAUGGUUUUUUUUCUAUGAAAAAAGGUAAUUAAAAGGCCAAAAAUGAUAUUCUAAAUGACUCAAACCAGAGCAGGUUUAUGAUAUCGCAAAUAAUAUCAGGCAAAGUGUUUGGGAACAACUGAAGUCUAUUAAAUGAAGCCAUUCUUUGCAAUCUUUGAAAUUUUGUAGUGUUUAUUUCAGGAAACACAAUAACAGAUUCCAAGAUAGAGCACAUCUUGAUGAGGGGAGCUAAACCAAGCAAGGUAAACUGCAAAUCUGAACGUUGAAAUUUUUUUUAACAAUAUGGUUUUAAAAUAUUGAAUUUCUGAAUACAUUUUUAAAUUCAAUUAUUACACUCACAACUGAUGGUUUACCAAUUUUAAAAAUAUUUUUGGCAGAUAGUUAAAAAAAAAUUUUUAAAUCUUGAUUAAAUUUAUCUCAAAACUCAGAUACUUUUGGUAAAUUCUAGAACGGUAUCAAACCAUUGUAAUAGAAAUAUCCUUCCUUAUUUUAUUUGUUACAAUUUUGACAUAUGACUUUGUCUACUCUGAUAAAAUAAAAUUCAUGUCUUUUCAGCCUGAUGCUUACUUGUGUGCAUCAUAUGUUCCCUCAGAGGAGGAAUACUUCAUUUGUAAGAUUAAACAACCUUCCAACAUCUUACUAUUCUAUCAUUUCAGUAUUGUGGGAUAAAUCUGUCUUUCAUAUCUUGCUUAGCUUUUCUUUUUUGCUUCUUUUUAAAAAAUAUGCUCAGCUUUAACACCUAAUAAAUCUCUAUGUAUGUAUUUAUUGUGUAGCGCUGAGUUCAAUAGCUUGCACAUUAAAAUUAAUGAUAACUGCCCUAAAUGAGAUUCUUAAAAUAGCUAAAUUUUGUUUGGUGCAUAAUAUUUACUUCUGUUUUAUAAAUAUAGUCUUUAUUUAAAUAUGAUGUCAUAAAUAUGCAGUGUAAAAUUGGGUGGGGACAUUGGAAUUUUCACAUUGUUCAAGGCACGUGUAAAAAGCGUGCAGUAUUGUAGCACUAAUUGGAAUUGUCUCUUGAAUGCAUGGUUUGUCAAGUAACUUUAGUAUAUGAAAAGUUAAGGCAUUGCCGCAGCCAUUGACUGGCUAGAUCUAGAGCAUAUAAUAAACAUUUAAUAUCGGUUGCAGUAAAAUCUGCACAUGAUUUAAAAGGUGUUUUUUCUUUAGUGUAAUCAGUUAAUGACUGUAAUCAAGAGACAACACAGGCUGUGUCUUUUUUAUGCAAAAAUUGAGGCUUGUGGCUGUAGACAUUUGUUUCUCUUUAAAAUAUUAGUGAUAUGCUACAUGGAGUUGAGAGGUGCUCAGUUCAGAUGUAAAAAUAAUGGCUUUGCAACAAAUUUCUCCAGAAUAAGCAUUUUAAUGUUAAGUAUUUUAAUAAAAGCCAGACUCUUUUCAACAUGUAUUAUUUCUUUACUGUAAACAAUUAAAUGGUAAACUUUAGAGGUAAUGUAUUCCUUGUAAACUUUGCAAUGAUUAUUGUACGAUUCAUUAUAUUCUAAAAAAUUUUCAGGAAGAUUUUCUUUCACCCACAAGGUUCUAUACUUAGUGUUACAUCAGUGGGUUUAUGCUUUUAAGUAAUGGGAUGUAUUCAAAUGAAGGCAAACUGUGUUAAAGAGAAAAUAUAUUUAUAAUCGUCAAUAAGUAAGUCCUUCUUUCCCCAAACAGAUAAAUUUGAAGCCAUGGCCCAAGCAUCAACAGCACAUCACAUGUUGCUCUAUGGCUGUGAUGGUGAGCCAUUCUCUGAUCAACAAAUUUGGUGAGUGGCAUUUUAAUCAUGACGUGACACUCAGAGAAGUUAUCUCAAACUAAUACAGUUAAAGAAUUAAAUCCUUUUCAGAGCAAUUCACAUGGUACUGUUUUAAGUGUAGUUGUUGUUAAACCUAGUCUCUCCUUAGAUAAAACCUUAAGAACUUUCCUGUAUUUUAAAAAAGUUAAGUCGCUUCAGUGCUCUUUGAGGGCCCCAAGUCUCCCAGGAAUAUAUAAAAUUAAAAAUCUUGGUCUCAAUUGCAAUUUGUGAUUUAUUUUGAAUUUACACUUUAUUUUAAUGUUUUUUUUAAAUCCUUGAUGUUAACUUGACUUUUGUUCGUGGCUGGCUGGCAAAAUCUUCGGAUGGCUAAAUGACCCACUUCCCCUCAACCUAUCAUUCUGAAACUUGGCACAUAGACUCGUUUCAGAUGACAACACAUUCUUUUAAAUUUUCAGCUCCAUCCCCCAAACCCCAACCUCCAAAAAUCAGCUUUUCAUGUUUUUCAAGGAGAGUAGAUGAAGGAAUUAUGAUGCCACUAAUUUCACAAAAUAAAAUGCCAGAUAACUGCGCUUAAUGAGAUUCUUUUUAAAAAAAAUAUGACAAGUGUGGUUUGUGCAUCAUAUUUUGUUUUGUUGUUCUGAAAUAGUUGGUGAAAUAAAUCUGGUGUAAAAGGGGGUGGUCAUUAGAAUAUUAAUACAGAUCAGGGGCGUAAAAAAAAAGGGGGGGGGGGGGGGGGUGCUACUUGUGAUUGUUAUGAAAUGCAUGACUUGUUUGCAUAGUUUGUCAAACUUUCAGGCACCCCCCCCCCUUUUUUUCCUGUUGCUCAAUAUUACAUUUUAUAAAGGGUUUAUAAGAAAAAUUUGUUAAAAUUUAUUACUUGUGACAAACCUGUUAAACCACCAGUUCGUUUCACCUAAUCAAAGAAACAAUGUCUUCCACAGGAAUUGUCCCCUUAUGUGUAAAGAUCAACAAGCCACAAUUUUAUUUGCCUGGGCUAAGAAUGCUCCACCAACAGUUUUACCAAAAGGUAAAGUACUGAGGACAUCGGUUGCUCCAUUACUUUUCUUACUUUUUUUUUGUUGAAAAUUUGUUUUAGGGGAACAGAUAUUUAUGACAUUAUUUAUAAUAUAAUGUUAAACUAAUUUUUUCAGUAACAAAAUUUUCCCAGGGUAGUUUUUGAAUCACUGUACAUCACUUGGUUAAGUUGCUGACAUUUUGAGAGUGAGUAAUUGAAUAGUAGCAUGAGUUAAUUUUUAAAUCUAUUUCUAUCUGCCAUACAAACAUUGGUGAUUGAAAAGCUGUUGCCACAAAAAAUGGAAUGUGUAAGAUAAUAAACAUCUUAAGUAAGAUUUUUAUAUGAGCUGCUCCUUGAUAUUUAUGCCAGAUGUCGGUCUAAGGAUUGGAAGUAGAACCUCAAUCAAGACCCUUGUACUUCAGGUGCAUUAUGCCAGGAGUUUUACAGGUAAAAAUUAGGGCUAAGUGUUUAAUUAGAGAUGUAUCUUCUAAAGUACAUUAUUUAUGCAUCAAGCAAGUUUGCCAGUUUAUAUAGUGUUAUAUUAAACUGAGGGGAGAAUUAUCACAACAAUACACUAGCACAUCACAUCAAAAGGAAAGCAAUUUUUUAAAAAAACUGAAGAAUUUAAAUUAUUUUUUUGUAUAUUUUAAAUUAUUUCACUUUUCAAACGGAUUUUAGUAACUAUUAGAAGUAAUAACAGUCUUUGAUUAAAUUUUUUAUAAAUUUUGCCUUGUUAUUGUUAAAAAGAAUGAAAUUGACAAUGUUGUUUUUUAACAGAAUCUGAGCCACCAGAUUAUUCAGGAAUUACACUUUUCAGCACACACACAAAGUAAGCAGUGCUCAUUUUAUCAAUAAUAUUUUGAUAUUAAUUAUAAGUAAAUACUUAUUGCUAUUAUAAAUAAAUUUACUAAUUGAUCUAUCAUCAUUUUUAAAGUUCCCUGUAAUUAUGGAAAGUUAUAUCUUUCAGGCCCAAGUUUGUUGCUGGCAUUUACUUCCUGAUGUCACCCAUGUUUAACAUUCCACCAGGAGAAACAUGUAAGAAUAGAUGAUCAUAUCAGCUGGACUGAAAUUUAGACAAAUUUUAUUUUGCCUGUAUAAUUAAUUUUUGUGUGACAUGAAGAAAAAAUAUUUUUCUGUAGUUUUUUCUUUUAAGUAUUUAAUAGCCUCAUAAUUGUUUGCACUAGUAUUCUGAAUUUAUGUAAAAUUCCAAAUGUUUCUUUCUCAAGCCUAUCCCAUUGAUGUCAGUUGUAAAUUUGGUGCUGAAAAGAGUAUUGUCCCCUUUGCUUACAGGACACAUGCACAUGGCUUAGGUAAGAUCAUUACCAUAUACUUAUAUUUAAUUUUGUUUAUUUAUUUUAACGUCCAUAAGUGGAAUAAAAAAAUCUCUUCUUUUAAAAUGAGAAAUAAUAAUUUGUUCAUCUACUUCCCUAAAACUUUUUUAAAAAUGUGAUAAUAAGGGGAGAGACUGCAAUCAGGUACGGUAGAAGGAAAUAAGUGAAACAAAGUGUUGGGAAACCUGAAAAAAACCACAGCAAAACAAUUAAAUACUCAGUUGCAAUGCAGUUUCAGAUAGGACAGUGUUUAUUUUAAUUUUUAUUUAGUUUUUACACAUUUUUUUUUCGCUGAAGAAGGCUUCUUGAUGAUACGUUCGUUCUUUUGUUGCAUCUUUUUUUCAGGUUUUUCCAUACUUUGACUUUUUUCCCCCUAAGAGAAAGAUUAUUUGUUAUGAAUUUAUGUGUGAAAAUUAUAUGUUCCAGGCUUUAUGGAGUGGAAUAAAUUUAUUUAUUGCUUACCUGGUCUAGACAUUACAUUACUGUAACCAGUGCUCAAAGUAACAUUCUAAAAGAAUAUAUUCUAAAAGGUCUAUAAAAUAAUAGUUUUUAUUAUAUUAUCAUUGUAUUGUAUCGUAAUCCUACUUGCCUUUUAUUAUCAUUGAUUAUAAUAAGCCUGUGUUUAUUGUAAACAGAAGCUAUGUUCUUUUGUUUUGUGAUAAGUCAUUAAAGAUAGAGGCCUGAAGCUGUUUAGUUAUGUUAUCUUUCUUGUUUGACUUUGUCUUACAUUGAUCACAAAAUAUAAUAGUUUUUGCCUAUUUAUUAUGCUUUUUCUAUCUCCUUGCAGUUUAUAUCAGUUUAUGAAACAGCUGGUUAGUUAUUUGUGAUCUUUAUAUUUUUCUGAAUGUUUCUUUUAAAAAAUCAUGGUUUAUCUAUAUUGACAGUGCACAUUUUAUUGUUACAGGUCGUGUGAUCACAGGAUACCAGCAUAAUGGAUCCUAUCAUGAGAUUGGCAAAGGCAACCCUCAAUGGCCACAGGUCAGAGGACACUCUUCAUUUCUGUUUUGGACAGAUCUUGUCUUUUUAUUUUCUCUAAAAAAAAAAAUCAUAAUAAAUCAAUUUAUUCUGGCCGCUGUAACUUAACUGGUAUAACUCGAGCCAGUUUUACGGGACAGUCACUUUUAAAUCACACGACAUGAUUGGCUGCUGUUUUCUGUCUUUGGUUGUUCAGGGUUUUUUUAUUCAGGGUUUAGCUGCCUUGCUUGGCUCUGCUAUUUACCCUUAGUUGGGGACAACCACUGUACAAAUUAGAAAGACGCUUCAUUUGAUUUGAGAUGCAAACGUCACCAUUGCGCUUAUUAAUCACAGUGGAUAAACAAAAUAAAUUGUAUUUAUAUUCUCAAAGAAAUGUAUGUUUCAUGGUACUAAUUGCUGAAUGACAUACACUCUUUUGAUUUUAGGCAUUUUACCCUGUCAAAGAUCUGAUUGAGGUCAAACCAGGAGAUGGACUUGUGAGUUUUAAUUGUUUUUUGUUAUUGGCUAUUAUUUGAUAAAUUUGUCAACUUUUAGGUCACACUGAGAUUGUACCUAGCAGAUAUCUCACUUUCCUAUGUGUGCCAUUGAUAACAAGUGUGAAUUUAAAUGUGGACAGUAUGACCAAUGACCAUGUAAUACACUUUCAUUCAUCAAGCAGCAUUUUAAUUUGUUUUAAGUAUGCAAAUAAAAGCUAAACAUUUAUAUUUAAACUCAAAGGUAUAGGUUAAAAAAUGUCUGUCACUGUCCAGACACCUUGAGGUCUCAUGAUUGAGAUCAGUAGAAGCAUUUGGUGAAUACACCGACCCACGUGUUCCUUGACAUCAUAGACCCACUGGUUCCUUGACAUAUUAGACCUCUGGUUCCUUGACAUCAUAGACCCACUGGUUCCUUGACAUCAUACCCCAAAGAGGGAUUCCUGUUUUUAGUCCAUCUUCAUGCCACCUAAAUAAUAAAUUAAACUCAUUGAGUAAAUCAUAAAAUGUUUUAUGUUGACCUUCAUCUUAAUUCCAGGCUGCUAGAUGCACCUAUGAUUCCACGACAAUGGCACAUGCAGUCAGCGUUGGGUAAGUCCAAGAUGAUUGGCUGGAUGUCAUAUUAUGCAACUUGAUAUGAUGAAAUUAAAUGAUUGUAAAAUUUUUUUUGUCAUGAUAAAAAUGCUGCCGAUUGAUGCCAGAGGGUGAUACGGUAUUGGUCUAUUCUCUUUGGCCUGAAGGUGAUGGGGUAUUAGUCUAUUCUCCAAAUAAACUCUUGCUGUAUUUAUUGAAAAUAGUAAAGCUGCGGGGAAUACGUCGGAUGUGCAUUCAUGUGGAAUUUUUAAACAAAAAUUUAAAGUGGAAUGGCAUAAGGCAUUGUUUAUUUUUCUCAUUGUUUUGAAGAUUUUAGCUGAAUCUGUCAAAUAGUCCUAGACAUACAAUAAUGAAGAUAACAUUAGGACAGGGUGUAAAAUUUUUAAUUCUCUAAGUAAAGGGGUUACAUGACAUUCUUUUUGUCUUUUAAUCACAUGUUAAUCACAUGCAGCUAAUACCCUUUAGUUAAUACCCUUAGUACUACUCCAUUGCAUCACAGAGUUAUUUAUGUGUAGCAGGUUAAUCUUCCGCCUUGUUUUACUCUGAUUACCUUGCAUGCUGCUCCUACAGGUCCACUGGCAAUGAUGAGAUGUGCAAUUUCUACAUCAUGUUCUACACUGACAGCUCAGUGAUCAACCCCUAUGGUCAGUGUGCAGGUAACCAUCUGCCAGAUGUGACCGGCAGGAAUUUCCCUCCUGAUGUCAGUGUCCCCCUGCCCCCAAACCCUGAACUGGAAGAGGUAGCCAAAGGCACCCACCACCAUGGUGGGAUGAGUGGGUCAGACCCUCAUGGAGAUGGAACAGGAGAAGGAAGUGGUAGGAAUACCUUUGUGUACAUUUAGAUACCUCUAAUACCUGUAGAUGAUUGAUACUCACAAUCUCUUUUAUCAAAAUGAAAUUAUGACACAAAACUGGGAUGUAUUUGUUAUUUGCACUAAAUAUAUAUAUAUAUAUAUAUGUUUAAAAAUUGAUUAGUUACAAAAUCAUAUCUUCAUGAUAAUUUGAUAAAUAACCUUAUAUAAUUGGGAUUUUUUUAAAAGUAAACAAAGUCAUAUACAAGAAAUUCAAAGUUUUUAUUUUUUAAAAUUCAAACCUCCUUUUUAUUUCAUAAUAAAUAUUGUUACUUAUAUUUUGCAAUCGUUCAGCAGGUAUUAUGGACUCCAAUAUACAAGAAAUACUAAUGAGAGGAGCCAAACCCAAUACGGUAGAUAUUAAUUGAUUACUUUCUUCUCCUGUUUUAAUACUUGUGCUAUUAAUUUCUUCAUAUUUAAGUUUUCACAGCAUACAUUUCAAUUCUUGUAAUUCAUGCAUUUUUGUGUGGGGAGCAGAGCUGGGUACUCUGUUUGGCCCCAGCUUCAUGUGCUGGGCUCUUCUGUUUCCUCUCAUCCUUAUGUCCCUUACUCCUUGGACCGUUGAGGUGCCACAGAUGACAUGUUAACCAUCCUCCUCCAUUUGUCUCUGUCUUCAGUACGACGCACUACAUCGCCCAGUGUUAGUCCUGUCCCGUCUUUGAUGUUAUCCUCUCAUCUUUUUCUUUGUCUUCCUCUUCUUCUCCCUCCUCUUGUGGUGCCCUGCAAUAUUUCUUUGGCAAGACCUUGUUUCCUUUUUACGUGGCCGUACCAUUGUAGUUUGCGUUUUUUCAGUCACCAGUAGGUCAUCAUACUCCCCAAUUGCCUGACGAACCCUUUCUUUCACUGUAUCAUUGGUUCUUAAGGCGAAAUCUAAAGAUUGGCAACUCCUGUGUGAAAGAAAGAGCAUAUAAAGCCUUUAUCCGUCCAAUUUUAGAUUAUGCAUCUUCAGUCUGGGACCCAUUUACCCAGAAGAGCAUUGACAGGUUGGAGGCGGUCCAGCGACGAGCAGCACGCUUUGUCCUAAACCGCUACAGGAAUACCUCUAGUGUUGGCAGCAUGCUAGAAACACUAGGCUGGUCACCAUUGGAGAAACGACGACGACAAUCCAGGCUCUCCAUGAUGUACAAGAUAAAUAAUGGGCUGGUCCACUGUUCCAGUAUUAAACAGAAACUCGUCCCUCUCCCCCAUAGACAGCGACGAGGCCAUGACAGGCAAUUCAGGCUCAUACCAGCAAGAAGCCAGUAUAGGAGCUGCUCAUUCCUGCCCAAGACAAUCAGGGACUGGAACCAUCUUUCAAAAGGAACAGUUGAGGCGACAACACUAGACACAUUUGUGUCUAUUGCCUCAAGCCUUCAAACCCCUAGUGCAUAAUUUCCUCAUCACCACCAGUAACAGAAACAUUGCAAAUCCCAUCUACAUGCAUAGAAGCCAAAAUGAUCAAUAAAUUGAUCGUGGGCCCUUAAGAUAUAGAAGAAGAAGAAGAAGAUAUGGUCCCUAUAGCAGAUGCCAAAAAUGCUUCUGAAGCAUCUCAUCUCCAUCGCCUUUAUUUUCCUUUCAAGAUCGGCUGUUAAUGUCCAGGAUUCGUAGGCAUACAGGAAAAUGGAGAGGACUAAUGAGCGCAUCAGCCUGAUUUUGGUGCUGGGGGCUAUAUUUUUGUCAUUCCAUAUUUUCUUGAGCUUCUUUAGUGCUGUUGUAGUGUACUCAAUCCUGGACAUCAGUUCGGGCUUGGAGUCUUCUUCUGAGACUAUUGCUCCUAGGUAUUUGAAGCGGCCGACAGUCUCUAAUCUUUCCUCCCCGACCUUAAUUUCAGUGGUUAGGCCUGCGGUAUUAUUUGUCAUCAGUUUUGUCUUUUCGGCACUGAUUAGCAUGCCGUAGGACGAGGUCUUAUCGAGACGCUUUGGCUAGCUCUUCUUCGUUCCCAGCCAGUCCGUCUAUGUCGUCCGCAAAGCGUAGGUUGGUGAUUGUUUUGCCACCAAUGCGCUUCCAGAGCUUCUGACAUAAUUCUCGCUAGGAAGAUGUUGAAUAGGGUGGGGGAGAGCAGGCAGCCUUGUCGUACUCCAACGUGGUCUUGAACCAUUCUCCGAUGUUGUUGUUGAGGAAGACUGCACUGGUGGCCUUAUCAUAGAGGUUGCAUAUCAUGCUGGUUAGGUUUGUGUUGAUGUUGUAGUGCCUCAUGGUGGCCCAUAAAGCAGCAUGCCAAACCCUGUCAAAUGCUUUCUUGAAGUCAACAAAGACAUGGUAUAGAUUUUGUUGGUGUUGAGCAUAUUUCUCAUAUAGUAUUCGGAGGUUUAGAAUCUGCUCAGUAGUGCCCCGUCCUUGUCUGAAGCCCGCCUGUUCUUCAGCAAUGAUUCUGUCAGCAUAUGGUUUUAGUCAGUUCCAUUUAUCUUUACCUAUUUUAUAAAAGACUUGCCACCCACUCUCAUAUAAUGCUGGGACUUUGAAAUGCUCUGCACUCAAGCCCAAAUACAUUUCCUACAUGCCAAGUAAAACUGUUAGAGAUGUUAAUUUACUCAAAUUUUGGAAUUAGUGUAAGGCUUAAGGAGAUGGAGACAAAUUUCCUCCUUAUGGACGACCUGUUUGGUCAAGACUCCCUUUUGAAAAUCUACCUCCCAAGGGCAAGGAAAGAGCUUCAAGCUUGUGUAUAAUGGUUGUUAGACUUAAUCAGUUUUGAGCUUCUAGAUAUUGCUGGAUUAAAAAGUUCCCUGGUCACUGUCAGAUACUCAUGAUUUAAUCAUUAAUUUCUUACAUCGUUUCAGCCUGAUGCCUAUCUGUGUACAGCAUAUCCUGUAUUUGAUGAGGAAUCUUAUAUUUGUGAGUCUGGUUCAAUUUUAGAUUUAAAUACAUAAUUCAAUUGUUAGCAAUAGGAAUAAUAUUGUUACAACCUAUUUCACUGAUAACAUUGUGUGUGCAUUAGUACUGAUUUAAAUUCAGGUGUAUGAAAAGUUAAUAGUACCAUCAGAAAAUGAUGAACAACUUCAGAACUUAUUUUCCUGUAGUUAAUUAAUUUAUAUCAAAAUAUAAAACAUGAAGCAUAUAAGAACCAUUUUUUAGUUCAGUCCUAAAAGGAAAAUGCUGAUACCAAUUUCCUCACUUCCCUUUAAAGUAUUCAUAUUUUUACAUCCAGUUCACUUUCAUUUCUAGAAUAAAUAAUGCCAACACACUUCCAUCAUAAAUCCAAAUUGUGCUCUCUUGGUGUAGAAAUUAACAAGUUAUAUAAUGAAUUAUGUUUUCAUAUUAUAUGGCUGAGAAAAAUGUCAUUGGUCUCAAGUUUAUUUACACAUAACUUGUAAUUGUUCCAAAUUUAUUUUUAAAAUUGCAAAUGAAACCCUUUUUUUGUUUUAAAUUAAUACUUGAAUGUUCAAAUGGAAAUUUUAUUACAUGCUAACAAGCUUUCAAAUUUAUUUCAGAUAAGUUUGAAGCCCUUGCCAAUGCAUCAGUAGCUCACCACAUUCUGCUGUAUGGAUGUGAAGGAGAGCCAUAUUCCAAUGAAGCUAUCUGGUGAGUGGAAAGUACAUGAGUUAUCAAGCAGGGCCUGGAUAAGAGUGGGGCAAACAAGCCACUUUUCUUUAGAUGAGCAAUGGGAAAUGGUUCUAAGUUGAUGAAAAAAUACUUAUAAGGAAUUUAAAAAACAUUGAUGAAAGAUACCUCUAAAGUUUCAAAUUGUGAUAUUGAGCACUAGUCCCAAGUGGUGAAUUAAUAUUGGAAUAGCAAAGUUGGUCUUAUAUAUUGGCUAAAAUUUGGGAUAGCAAAACUCAAGUGGUGAAUUAGAAUUGGGAUAAUAGUACUGGUCUUAUUUAAUGGAUAAAUAUUGGGAUAGCUAACCUUUUUUUUUUUUUUGGGUAAGCACCAUUUUCUAGAUUAUAGCUCCUAAAAAAUAUUGAAUGAGUCACAGACAGGUGUGGACUAAGAGCGUGAAUGUCACAAGACAUCUGAAGAAAUAGAGGAUUUCUUAUACCACAAAAUUUAUGACAAUUGGUUUAUACUAGGAAAGCAAGCUCUGGACUCAAUAAGUGUUAAAAUUUGGAUAGCCGUACUUGCAUCAAGUAUUAUGAUGGUGAGUAGAUGACCAGCAGUGUGUCUUAUGUGUUUUCACUGUGUUCUUUAUGCAUUCUACAUCGCAGGACUGGAGUUCAAUCCCCAGAAAACGCCUAGACAAGCAAAAACAUCAUCAGCACACAACGAAAAUGCUAACAACUCCUGUGACAUAGAACGCAUAAAGAGCACAGUGAAACACACAAGACACACUGCUAGUUAUCUUCUGCAUCCUGUUCUAUGUCUUGACUAAGUCUUGCAAUUGGAUAAAAAUAUGAAAGAUGAGAGAGUGAGGCUAACGCAUUGAACAAGUCUCCGUCACUUUAAAUAAAAUACAGCUCAAGGCAAAUCAAGUUGAAAAUUGCCUUGAUCAUCUUUGGAUGCGAACAACAGUGCACUUUCUGUGUUAGUUUAUUAAAGACAGUUAGUUUAUUAAGGAUAGUGGUCAAAUAUUGAGAUGUUUUCACUUCAUGCAGUUACUAGUAGAAUUCAAGACCAAGUCUCACAAUAUAACAGAUUUAGCAAACAAUUUCUGACACCCAGGAAAUAUUGGUUUUUGAUAGACUGUUUGUGAUCAUGACAUUGUGAGUGUUCAGUUUUGUCAUCAUUUCUCCCAUUCAGGAACUGUCCAGCAAUGUGCAAGUCAACUGAAGGAAUUAUCCUAUUUGCAUGGGCAAAAAAUGCCCCACCAACAGUAUUACCUAAAGGUUAACAAGCUAACUUUAUUUCAUUAGUAAUAAAAUAUGUAAUUUUUAGCUUCUGAAAAUAUUUAACUAAUCUCAAAGUGUUAUUGAACUGCUUUUAAACAAAAUUAAGAUAAUUUAUUUACUAAGUAAUUUUGACAAUAAUUUCAGAUAAAAUUUAAUCAAUUCUUUUUAAAUUGUAAUUUUUUUUUUUUAUAAGAACUUUGAAUCAUGAGAGUAUCAUCACUCUCUCAAGCUACGCCUAGACUGAAAAAAACAAUAUACAUUAAUUCUGUUCUUUUAACAGAUGUUGGUUUGAGAAUAGGCAGUACCACAAUUAUCAAGACACUGGUGCUUCAGGUACAUUAUGCCAAGAGUUUUUCAGGUAAAUUCCACAUUUCAUUUUAAUUUUCAUCUGAUAUUAAAUUUUUAAGGUUUCAAUAUAUAACUUUUAGUACAUUUUCUUGCCAAUGGGGAAGACAUUACUAUAUUGAUGAAUAAUCACUGUUAUAAUUAUGAAUUAAUUAUUUUUGUACCCAUUGGUAAGAAAAUAGCCACCGCUGCUUCUCAGCUUUCCCCUAUUGCCCUGCUCCAAAAGUAAUAAUUGCACUGCUUUGUAUUCAGAUGAAGAAGCUCCAGAUCAUUCGGGGAUUAAAAUAUAUACCACACAAACCAAGUAAGUUUCAAUCUAAUUUUGUUUUCUUUAAGUGUCAGUCAACGUUAUGCUAACUAUACAUACCGUACAUAAGCAUGCAAAGAUUUCUCUUUUUCUUAAUGUAAAGAAACAUGUCUUUUUCAUAUAUGUUUUUCAAUUAUUACAGGCAGCCUUUUGUUGCUGGUGUCUAUUUCAUGGCUUCAAUGUUUGAAAUUCCCAGUGCAUUUCCUGGUAAGUAGCAUUAUUUAAGUCAGAUAGUUCAAUAUUUUUUCUGUAUUUAAUUGGCCCGAUUCCAAACCACAUGUCAUUUCUAAUUCAUUGUUAACUUUAUUAAUCUACAAGUUUAUACAUUAAUAGGGUUUAAUUAGCAAAACUACUUAGUGUGCUAACUAGAUAAAUCAUAGUAUCCUCUCCUGCUCGCCAUCCCCGCCUAUCCUACCAACUCCUUAACCUCCAACACCCUCUCCACAUAACACCCUUCCCCCCUCAAUACCACCUCCCUUCUUGACCAUCUACCUUCCUGUUAUACAUUUCACAUCCAACCCCCCCCGUUCAUUAGAGAUCGGGAGAUACCAAAUAUUUAAUGGAGAUGUCUGUAUUCAACACAUUUUAUUCCAGCAUAUCCUGUUGAUGUCAGCUGUAUGUUUGACAAGCAGAAAAGUAUUUUUCCUUUUGCUUACAGGACCCACGCCCAUGCCUUAGGUAAGUAGUGUUGUAAUCGUAGCUUUGAGGUGAUGUCAUUGUAGUUAGUCAAGCUGCUCUUAGCUAGAUAUAAGAAAUUAUGUUCUUGUAGCUAGUUAGUAUAGCUGCUUCUAGCUAGAUACUAGAAAUUAAAUAAUUCUAGUGAGUAGUUAUAUUUAAACAAGAGCUUAAAAGGAAAGUUGUAUUUCAUGGUACAACUUAAUGAAAAAUUCCUCUUGGCGCUAAAAAAAAUGAUCUAUUUUGGUAAACUUGUAAAACUAACGCAAAUGAUCAUCAAAUAUUAUUGUAUGCUUAAUGAGGCUUAGUGAUUUCUUUAUUGUCAAAAUGUAACUACUUCUUAUUAGACAGGGUAAAUAUUUUUAGGCUUUGAAUGAUGGUAAAUUUUGUUACAGAGGGAUUUAAUAAAUUAUACUUUACAUGCAAAAUGUUAUUUUUUCUAACAAGAAGUAGAGUGAUUUUUUUUGGCACUAUGUAACAAUGAGGCUUCAACCUAUAUUUGUUAUAGCUCAACAAAGGGGUUUGGAUCACUAUCUUCUCCUAUGUGAUACAUUUGUUCAUUUUUCCAAGUGGCACAGUAAAGUGGGAAUAAAUUUCUUUCUGUUAUCAAUAAAUGAGCUUUCUGUUGUAUGCUUGCCUGCACAAUGAAACUUGUGUUUAGUAGAAAAUGGUGACAAAAAUCACUAACAGUGCGUAGAAAACAACACUAAUAACUCUGUUAUUCUAGGUCGUGUCAUCACUGGCUACCAGUACAAUGGUUCCUAUCAUGAGAUUGGCAAGGGAAAUCCUCAGUGGCCACAGGUGUGGAAUGCAUUUUUUUAACUAACUAACUUGUGUUGCAAUUUAAUAUAAAUAUAAGUAUUUGCUUUGUAAUGUGACACUGCAAUUAUAAAAAAAACUAUUAUUAGUUUUUAAGUAGAAUUAACUAAACUCAUUAACCAGUAUGACCUCACCAUAUUAGGAGACAUACUUACUUUUAUCUACAUUGAUCCCAGCUAAUGGGGAUGCACUGAAUUUAUUUGCAAUUCAUAUUCUUAUUAAUGAUGCCAAAGAAUGCCGUCUGUAAACCACUUGUAAACUGUCUGAUUUUAGUAUCUAUAUAUAUAAUUUGCCAGCAAAGGUCAAACAAGACGGGUCAAACACCACGCAGGCUAUUUAUAGAUACGCCAGAGUCUGUUUCAAUAAUGAGUUCACUAGCGCGCAAAACAUAAUUCCCGAUAACUAUGCUAAAUGAUAUAUAUAUAUUUUUAAUAACGCAAUUGCGUUUCGUGCGUAAUAUUUUCUUUUCGGAAAUGAAAUCGUCUCAAUUUAAGUAUUGUGUAAAAAAUAUUCGGUUUAAAAGUGGUUAGAACAUGAGAAUAUUAAUAUAGUUCAUAGGCGUGAAAUAAAAAGUGUGCAGUGACGUAUCAUGAAAAGGGGAGGGGGGAGGGGUAGCAAAAUUGGCAUUCUUAAAUGUGCAUAACUGAGUUCACGUUUUUGUCAAGUAACUUUAGUACAUGGGAAGUUCACGCAUUGCUAUUGCCAAUGUUCGGCGGGCUAUAACUAGUACUGGAAUAAUAUUAUAAUAAUUAAUGAUAUUUUUUUUAACCAGUGCAAAAUUUUUAGUAGAUCUUCUUUAUUUUUAAUUUAAUGUAGUAUCUAUGUCAAAACAAUAAAACGACAAAUGGCAUUUACAAAAUAAUAAUAUUCUGAAAUAUUCACCAAGUUGGAAGAGUGAAAAAAAUUGCUAGAUAAUUUUUAGAUUUCUUGGAGAUUUGCACAACCAGCCAGAAAUCUAUAUCUUUGAUUGAUUGAUUGGAUAUUUAUAUAGAGCUGGUAUCCAAUGCUACUUUAGCAUGCUCACUGCGCCCUGAUUUACUUAAAUCUAUUUAAACAGAACAGGUUUUAAAUGUUUUUUAAAUGAUUUUUUAUCAUUUUCAAUUCCCCUCAAAGAUUGAGGCAAACUGUUCCAUAAUUUUGGCACUAUCGCUUCAAAAGAGCGCACUCCGUAAAACUUUUUUCUGUUUUCAUCCACACUGGGAAUUUUCAGUAAGGACUGUGUUGAAUACCGCAGGUUCUUUAAGGGUACAUGUUUAUAAAUCAGUUCUUUAAGAUAUUCCGGUGCAGAGCCUUCCAUGCAGCUGUACGCCAGGGACAGAAUUUUUUAAUGAAUUAUCUCCCAUCUAUCUGAAGAUCAGUUGCACAUAAUUCUGUAUAUCCAUUGUUACUCACGCUUGAUGUCUGUAUCCAGCUCUCAGGCGUCCAUUAGUAUUUAUGCCAAUCUAUAAAAAAAACUCCUUCUUUCCAUCCUAAGAGUGUUCAUUGAAUUCAUUGACAAUUAAUAAGUAUUGAGGUGUUGCUGCAUGUUGUGUCUUGCACAACCCUUCAAUAUGCUUCUCACCCCUAAAAGUAAAAGAGAUUUAAUUAAAAUAAUUAAAUUUUAGGAACUGCUAAAAAAUAUAAUGUAGAAGGUACUUACAAGUUCUCAUUGAAUUUGUUUGGCUCAAAAUUUGUUUUUUUAAUUUUAAAAAUAUUCUUUUUAGUAGCCCUCAAAAUUAUCUUAUACCUUGAACUUCCAGUACAGUGGAGGGAGAUAAUGAUUAUGUAAUGAGUUAUUUUUUCCUUGCAGGCAUUUUACCCUGUCAAAGACAAGAUUGAGGUCAAGCCUGGGGAAUAUCUUGUAUGUUAACUCACUACUUGUAUAUGCAUAGAAAGUAGCUAUGUGAUUUUAACCCCCCAACAAAUAUGUAAUUGGUGUGUUUAAAUUCAUUUUAAUCUAUGCCAAGAUUGCAAAGAAAAAUCGUUAUAUUUCAACUUAUUAUAACCAUAACUAUUCAAAGCUGAUAUUUUGUACUCUUACUUACCUUUGUAUUCACUCUAUUAUUACUUGUGUGUUCAUCCCAGGCUGCCAGAUGUACUUAUGAUUCAACAUCCAUGACCAGCUCUGUUAAAGUGGGGUAAGUAUUAGAUUUUGCUUGCAGACUAACUUAAAGUUAGCUUCUAAUCAUAAGUCCUAAAAUUUUUUAAAAAACAUACCACCUAAUCUCAUAAAAGAAGUUAUUUGGAGAACAUACACUUUUACAAUCAAGUUAUCCAUGAGGCUUCAAAAAGCUUAACGAAUUUGUCAAAAGUUGUCCGAACAGUUUCUUUGAAGGCUGUGACCUUAAGACCCAAGAAACCACCCACUUAAUAUUGGCAUUAAGAAGUAUAUUUUAAUUCUUUGAUAAACAUUUUUGUUUUCAAGUUUUAAUAAUGGUGCUUACUGUCCCAAUACUGCACCACACUGUUAACACACAGAGUAUCACUUUGUCUUGUGAUAUUUUAUGUAAUAUUGAUUUUAGAACUUAUUAUUCAAUUAAUUGUGCCAAACUCAAAAAUUACAAAUUGUGGACUUUGGGUUUUCAAAAAGCAUUUUCUUGCAAUCUUAUAACCUUAAAAAAAAUGUGUUAAGACACAGUUAAUAAAAUAUUUAUUUUAUUAGCCUCAGACACUUUUGUCACUGAUGUACUUCAACUUCCUUCAAAGCAUGUUUUUCCUGAUUGAGUUGAUAUUUAAGCUUUGAACAAACACCAAUGAAUGUGUAAUGUGCAUGUUUAAUUUUUUGUUUUUUCUUCAAAUUUCUCAGAUCUACUGGUAAUGAUGAGAUGUGCAACUUCUACAUCAUGUUCUACACGGACAGCUCUGUACUAGAUCCUUAUGGAAAGUGCUUGGGUAACUUGGCCCCCGAACUGACUGGUGACAAUUUCCCCAAAGAUGUAAGUGUGCCACUACCCCCCAACCCUGAACUGGAGGAGGAGGCAAAGGGACAGCACCCCCAGCAUCACAGUGGGAUGAAAGGCAAGUUAUUUUAAUUACAUUUAUUUUCAUUAUAAUUAAGGCUGACAGACUGUUUUUAUAAGGUUCUCCUUCUAGUGCACUAUUACUUUUGAAUUCAUGUUUGGGUAAUUAAAAUGUUUUUCUAAGAAAGGCACUGAAGUAUUAAGUGGCUUGCAAAAAACUUAACAAUCAUUAAAUUUCUAAAUGUUGAGUUUGUAAGUGCUUGUGGGGCUGGUAAUAAUGGUUCAAUUCUAUUGACAGACACAGAAAGGUUCAAUUCUAUUGAGAGAAACAGAAAGGUUCAGUUCUAUUGAGAGAAACAGAAAGGUUCAGUUCUAUUGAGAGACCUGCCAUUUCUAUCUUAUUUCUUAAAAGGCAUUGUAUUUUGAAAUAAAUUACAAGUACUUAGGAUGCAGAGCAAGUUUUAUUAUGACCAAAUAAGUUUCAUUACAUCAAAUAAUGUAUGCAUUGGCUAGUCAAAUCCUGAGAGAUGCUUGAAGAGUCGGAUUGUUUUUGUUUUUUUGUUGGUUUUUUUUUUUUUUUAGGAUAAAUUUGUUAGUAUUUACUUUUAGAACGAUUCUGAGUUUUAUUACAUGAGUUUUGCCGGCAUGGAUUUAUGAAUGUUAAGAAAAUUGCAAGGGAACUUAGGGGCCGUCCAAAUGUUACACGCACUGAAUGGGGGAGGAGAGGGUUGUCAAUUUUGGAGAUUUUUGCUUAUGUGUGAGUGUGUGUGUGUGUGGGGGGGGGGAUCUUGGCAGAAAGUAUUGUACGUUUAUUCAAAAUUCUACAAGAAUUGUCCUGAAAAGCUCAAGUCCAAAAAUAGCAUAUUUAUAUCACAAAUUCUGUAAAAAUAUAACGCAAUGUUUUGUAAGAUUUAUCGUCAUAAUUUUGCAUGGUAUUUUUUACAAAUGAACUCGCUAGUUAUGCUCAGAUGGUACUCAGUAGUAGAGGUAUAACAGUAUUAUUUAGCCCACCAUGAGUAAAUUUAUUGUGCAUGUCAUGUAUAUUUUGUUUGGGUUAUGCCAAUGGUUCCUAAACUUUUCAAUUUCCGGCGCUUAUGCCAAAUUUAGGUAUUCACCAGCCUCCUUGUGUUAAAUUCUAACAAAUACACUUCAAAAUAGCGAAUACAUACACACAAAAAAAUAAAGGGUCGGGUAAAAAAAACUAUAAAAUGUAUGAAGGUCAGUAAGCUUCAUCUAAUAACUGCAAACAGUAGUUACUCAAGGGGGUUACUGUUUGCAUAACGACCCCUAGAUAUUACAUUGUAUUUAAAGGGAUGAAUAAAAAUUGUGUAAUGUUUUGUUUUGCAAUGACCGUGAGGGGGCUGUAGCAACCCAUAUAGAAAAUAUGCAACCCCCCCCCCUCCUGCGGACCAGUAAAAGGACCAUUUUUAGCUCCCCUUGUCAUUGUGAAGUGUAUGGGAUUUUAUAGUUCAAUUAAAAAUUAAGGUCUUAUCUAAAGAUAAUUUUGGCACCCCCUGAUUUUGGCCCCCAUUGCUCUUCUCCCCAUUCUCAUGGCCCUGCCCGAGGGCAAAGGGAACUCAUGGUGAUGCGGGGUGUAUUCUGAAAACCUGUGACACGUUUUGUUUACUGGGAAAUAAUAUAAAGAUUAUUAGAUUUUUUUUUGGGGUGGGGGUCAAGGCUCAUUGUACGUACUCAUGAAGAGUUAAUCAAAAAAGGAGUGCAGGGGGGGGGGGUGGUUUGAAAAUUUGACUUUCUUGCUUACAUGCUAUAUGGAUGGCCCUUUAAUAAAAGCAUAAUGUCACUUCUGCUACUGAGUUGUUAUAAGAAUCUUCACUUGGCCCUCAGGCAAAUCUCUUUGCUGGAUCUUUGAUUUACUUGCAGGCCAGGAAAUCUAUGAUUUCUGUAGUUAUCAGGGUUUUAUCUUUGAAUGAUGAAAGAAACAACAACAAAAAAUGGCUUUAAUUUCUUUAGCAAAAUUGAGGAAACAUCACAGAGAGAAUCACAGACCAUCCCACAGAUACCGGAUCAGGCAGAAAAAGCUAAGGCACUUUGAUUAUGACUACCAUGACUGGUCCCAAGCUCAUAAUUCCAGGCACAAGAGGCAAGCCCAUGAGUACUACGAUGAUUAUGCUGCCAAUGACCUCAGAGAGAAAGGUCUUUAUGGCACUGCCAAUGCAGCAGAAGAAGGGCUCAGUCGCAACCGCAACAAGGAAUUUGAAGCUAUCAAUCAAGAACUGCGACAUUUCCCACGUAAAAACCCUCCAGGCAAAUUCAUUCAAACCCAACAGCCACCUGACCAGCCCCUGGCACCAGCCCAGCAGCAGCAUACUGUGGCGGCCGCCGACCCCCAGAACUCGGCACCAAGAAAGCUGGCACCUCCUGGGGUUGGGGCCGCUGGCCAGCAGGCCAGUAGGGAAGCGGUUAAGGUCCACAGCAGUGAGUUGAAAGCUUGUUUUGCUCAUGUUGGAUAUUGUAACUUUGGUGUGAUAUAUAAAAGCUGUGUGUUGAUCAGCUUCAAUUGGCAUGACCAGACCAAAUGGUUAUCCGUAAUUAUCUAUAUUUUUUUAUUUUUUUUAUUUUUUGUAGUAAUACAGUAGUAUGUUACCUGCACUUGCAUUAUUGAUGUUUUCUUCUUUCAACCACCCACCAACCACAUCCCCCUCACAUCCACAAAAAAGAAGAAGAAAAAAAUACCACCAUGACCACAGACACACACAAUGCACAGGUACACUGAUAAGUAGGGAUUUCAAAUCUGAUGCUAACAACUGCAUGUGCACCUUCCAUCAUUAAAGUAUUUUACUCUUUUCUCUUGUAAAUUGACAUAUUUUGUAUUAUCAUCACUGGGUUUCCCUCAAAUGGUUGGUCAAAUAAUGCAAUAAGGAGAAGAAAGAAGUGCAUUAUUCACUACCCAAAAAAACCAAACUGCUAUUUAAAGUAUAUUUGUAUUUUCAAAGACUAUAUUUUUUGCUGUUAUUGUCAUCUUACAUGUUUUAUAUUGAGUUUUGUGGAUGACAUUUUUAUUUUAUUUGCUCUUGGCUUGAGUUUUUUAAGUUUGCGAUUUUGUUAAAGGGCAUAAACAUGUCAAUCAGUUUAAUAAAUGAUUAGUAACCUUAAGCUACAAAUCAUUAAUAACUUUCUUUGUCAUUGGAGCUAAGAUGAAAUAUUUCAAGAAAGUAGGGAUGGAUCAUAGAAGAAAUGAGGAAAUUAUAACAUAAGUAUUUUAAAUUGUUGUGCCUUUGUCAUUUAAGUUUAUUUUUUGUAACGUCCAUUACUUUACUGAGUUGUUGUUUUUUUGUUUGUUUUUUUUUUGAGUGAGUUUUAUUUGUUGACAAGGUGAUCAAAAACAUGCCUAUAGAUUGUUGUGGUUAUGUUGUUUUCUUUCAUUGUAUGGUGUUUAUUUAAGAUUUCUGACUUCAAGAUACUAACGUUUAAAAAUUAAGAAGGGCACACAGCUGGUUUUACCUGUAUUUAUCAUAUUAAAAUGCAAUUUUUGUUCUUAAAUUGUACUUGCUAGAAAUAGAAGCUCUUGACAUGAUGGAGCAUCACAUUUUAUGAUAGUUAUUUCAUUAUUCAUAUAUUUUUUUUUACUAGAUUUAUGUCUGAGUCAGUAAUUUUGAUGUAUGUAGAAACUAGAUUACCAUUGUAUGUGCAUGUUUGAGUUUUACUCCUCUGAUUGAAUUUGAUGUUUUUCUUUAAUUUAACUUUGAGAAUGGCUCAUAAAAUGUGUGCGGACAAAUGAACAUAUUUCAAUUGUUGAUAAUCAUUUAAUGGUGCUUGCAGCUAUAAUUUAUUUCAAAUGAUAACUCAAGCACAUAUCAUUUUAAGAUAACAUUAAGGGUUUAAGGUUUUUUUUAUUGGUGAAAUAAACUGAUGAAUUUCAUCUUGAUUAGAUUAUUGAACCCCUUCAAACAAACAAAUGAAAUAAGCAUGGCAUGCUAAGUGAAUGUCGAGUUUCAUUUUUAUGUAUAUAUUUGCUGCUUGCCAACAUAAUAAUAGUACUUAAUCCAAGCCACGCUACUUGUUUACAUGAAAUAAAUUCCAGAUAAUGGCAAACUAAUUAUAUGCACAUUUAUUGGAAUUGGUUAAUUGUUUUUACUUGCAAUAACUAGCAUUUUGUCAAAAAUGGCUAUUGGUAAAUCUCAUAUAAUAUUUUGUGUAUUUGAUCAUUAAGUGUCAGUUUCUGCAUUAUCAGUAAUGUCAUCAUUUGUUUUCUGCAGGCAUCCACUUUGAUCACAAUCUUAUUUUCAAUUCAACUUGGCCAGAGCAGAAAGUUGAAUUGGGUCAGAUUGGGGGCGUGGCAGCCGACAGAGAUGGAAAUGUGUACAUUUUCCACAGAGGUUCAAGGACAUGGACUGCACAGUUAGUAAAAUAUCAUAGAUGUUAGUGUAACGGACAAUGUUUUCACAUGAAAACAGAGAGGUAGCAUGAGUGAACAAAUAAUGGUGUUGACCAUGUUUUUGUCCACGAGGACAAUGAAUUGUAUUUUGAGAUACAAAUGUGAGCUCCACGUUUUUGGAGAGUAAAAUUAUGUUUUUGUCAGAGCGGUUGUUUUGCACGCUUUGCUGGUAAUAAAGUAUGAGUUGACUGAGAUAGUAGAGAGCUGAGCGCAGAGCAGUAGAGNUGUUUUUGUCCACGAGGACAAUGAAUUGUAUUUUGAGAUACAAAUGUGAGCUCCACGUUUUUGGAGAGUAAAAUUAUGUUUUUGUCAGAGCGGUUGUUUUGCACGCUUUGCUGGUAAUAAAGUAUGAGUUGACUGAUAUAGUAGAGAGCUGAGCGCAGAGCAGGAGAGUCAGUAGCGUGAGAGCUGUGUGAUUAGACAGUUGACAGUUUAGUGUGAGGACGUGUCUUUCUUAAUGAUGGAAUACUAUAGAUAUAUAUGUGAAAUUACAUUCAUGCAAGGAUUAUAUAUUAAUAUUAUCAAUAUAAAGUGUGUUCAAUAAAGUACUGUAAGUUUAACCAGGAUUCAGUAUUCUUAUUUGCGUGCCCGGAUUAUAAGUGGAAGAAUGAAGAAGCCUUAGUCGGCAUCCUGAAAUAUCAACAUAACAUAAGUAACCAUACUACUGACAUAACCUACAGCAUAAGAAAUAAGAUCCCACGCCAUGUCAGAGUAGGUGUGUUACAAAUGGUGUCAGAAGCGGUGUAACGACGAUGCGUUACAAAUGGUCAGAAGUGUCAGAACAACGAUGUAUUACAGAACAUUGAGUAACAACGAUAUAUUUUAACAGUCGAGUGAAGCAUACAUCGAAAGUCAUUACGCCCGUGUAUGAGUCAAAUCUGAGAAGAGUCCACGACACACAGAGCAAGCUGACAACGAUUGAAUUUAGGUCAGUCACGGGAGUCAAAAGUUCAGAGUGCAAACAGCUAACUGGUACACUGUUUCAAUUAUAUAACAGUGGAGUGAAUAUUCUCGUGGAAGAAACAGCAAGAAAUCUAUUUUACAGUUAUUAGUCAACGAAAGAGAUGAUCCACACAAAACCAAAAGAAGUCUGAUGUCAUUACAGAUGAGAUGUUUUAUCAAGACAGCGGAAGUAAGAUUUCCCCAGCAUAAUCUUUACUUUAUACAAGCCGCACAGUGCAAGUCAAGUAAUUCUUCAAGUAAUUCUUCAAUUACUCACAAGUGCAACAGAACCGGAGAGAAAUUAGACAAUUUUCAAUUAUUGGAUUAUCACAAUUACACUAUUACGCAAGGUACUUACAUUGGAGUAUUGCAGCAAUUUGUGGUGUAACUUUUCUCAUUGGAUUAUUUUACCCAAGUACACUACCACAUAGGAUUAUCUACUACCUAGAAGGAGCAUCUACUACAUAGGAUUAUCGAUUACACAGAAAUCAGAGCGUCACAGAGGAGCAGAGGUGACCAACUACGGAUUUCUUUUAAACACUUGGUAUUUAUGUAUUUAUGUGUUAUGUAUUAUAUAUAAUUUAAGACUUUAAAAAUCUACUUAUAUCAUACUUAAUUAGAUUAAGUAAAUUUUUUACUUUUUCUGUAUAAUAUAAGUUUAAUUUUAGAGUAUACUGUAGGGACAUCCACGGUGUUAUCUUUCCUAGGGAAGUUUUUUUAUUAAAACGGUAAAGGUUUCUUCUGGCCCUAUUUAUAACACUGUAGGAUAAUUUUGUGUUAGCUGUGAAGUCUAGUUUGUACAUUGUCAUAACUGUUGUUUUUUAGUAGAUCUUGUCAUAUUUGUGCUAUUUGUCUUGUCAUUGUUAUACAUAUUGUCAACCUACUGUCAUAUUUUCUACUAUCUUGUGGUCCAUAAACUAAACAGUACUUUUGUAUUUGUUGUCUCAUUUGUAUUCAUGUAAACGUCUACAUAUCUGUAUUUAUGUUGUGAAGUAGACAAUUUAAUUAUUUUAAAUUUUUCUUACACUUAUUUAUAACUUAUAAUUCAUGUAUCAACUUGCAUUUGUGUAUACAUUCAUUAACAUGUAGAUAUAUGAAAUAUCGUAAACUAUUUUAAUUGAUAACCAAAGAAUAAGGAGAUAACUGAUAUACUGAUACAUAACAAUAUAAUUUUAGUUACUCACAUUACACAUAAAAAAUGGCAGAGUACUUGGAAUUAUUAGAAGUAGGUGAGAAGCUUGGUUUGAAGCAGGAGAAUUUAACUGACUUCGUAACUAGGGAGAUGGACAAAAUACGGAACAAACAGGAAAGAGACAAGGAGAGAGAUAGUCAAAGACAGAAAGAAGACAAAGACCGACAAGACAAAGACAAAGACCGACAAGACAAAGACAAAGACCGAGAAGCUAGAAUGUUAGAGAGAAACGAUCUUAAACAAAUAGAAGAACUAAAAUUAAAAGGACAAAAGGAAAUAGAAGAACUUAAAUUAAGGGAACAAGAUAUGAAAAUAAGAGAGGAAGAGCUAAAACUAGAAAGAGCUAGGAUAGAAUCAGGACAGCAUACUACAUCAACAAGCAAUAGGGAAACCAAUAGUACAUACAAACCUAAAUUUAGAGAAUUUAAUGAACAUAAAGAAGAAAUUAUUAGUUAUCUGUCACAAUUUGAGGGCAUAUGUCAGUCUUACAAUUAUAGAGAAGAGACUUGGGCUAAUAUUUUAUUGAGCAGACUAUCAGGGAAAAGCCUAAGUAUUAUUAAUUCACUUAGUGAAGAACAAAAGAAUAAUUAUACCUAUAUAAAGAAAGUUUUGUUAAAGUUCUAUGGAAACACAGAAGACAUUUAUAGAAAAAAUUUCCAUAACAUAAGACUAGAGAGAGAAGUAGAUCCUAACACCACCAUAUUCAAUAUUAGAGACAAUCUUGUCAAAUGGCUUGAAUUAACUGAAAUUGACCUAAAUGAUCCAAAAGCAUUACUGGAUAUGUUUAUCAUAGACAAAAUAUUAAGAAAUGCAUCAGUCUCUUUAUUUUCAUUCCUUAAAGAGAGAAAGAUUAAAAAUGAGCGUGAGUUAGUUGACUCAAUCACAACAUUUAAAGAUGCUCACCCCAAUGAAGAGCUAGACAAUAGAAACAGCACACUAGCCUCUAUUAGAAACACACCCAGUGAUAGGGACAGUCAAAAACAAAACACAUAUCAAAACAGAAGAUACCACAGCCUACCUGCCAGAUGGCAAAACAAUAAAUUUCAGAAAAGUCAUCAAAACAAUUACCAGACACCAUAUACUAAUUAUUCAAACAACAACAAAUGUUUCUACUGUGGCAUUCCAGGUCACAAAAAAUAUGAGUGUAGGAAAUUACAUAGAGAUUUAGGACAUUCACAACAAUACUAUCAGAGAACAUCACCCAACAGUAGUCCAAUUAGAUACAACAGUGCAAAUAGGAGUAGACAACCAUAUAAAAAUCAAAGAUAUAAUUCCAAUCAGACUAACAGUAGACAAAACACCAAACCACAUGAAACUUUAGCUAGCGCAUGUCACAGUGAAGGAAGUUUACAAUUUUUUCCUUCUUAUGUAAACAACCAGCUUGUUCAGUGUCUAAGAGACACAGGUUGUACAACAAUAGUAGUUGACAAAAAAUUGAUUGAUCCUAAAGACCAUAUAUCUGAAAAAACCACAGUCAUGUUAGCAAAUAACACAAAAGUUGAAUGUUAUAAAGCAGUAGUGGACAUAGACUGUCCAUGGUUGACAGGAAAGGUAACGGCAGUACUUAUGGACAACCCAGUAUGUCAGUUAAUAAUUGGAAAUAUUAAAGAAAUUCCAGAUAAUUCCCAAGAACUAUUCUUAAAUUGGAUUGAAUCAAAAAAUUUAACCAAAGAGUAUAUAAGUGCAAUAACAAGACAACAACAUAAAACUAGUCAGACACAGCCUGAAAUAGAAGAAAAAUUAGACAUUCCAAAACAAAUAUCUAGAGAGGACAUAAUUAGAAUGCAGACAGAAGAUAGGCAAAUUCAGGACAUUAGAAACAAAAUUAAGGACAAUAACACAAUUUAUAGAGGACAUAAUUACACAAUAAAACACAAUAUUCUAAUUAGAAAUUUUGAGAAAGGUGAAAUCAAAAAAUCUCAAAUAGUAGUACCAGUAAUACUCAGAAACAAAAUACUCAACCAUGCACAUGACAGUCCUUUGGCUGGACACAUGGGUAUAAAAAAAACAUUAGAGAGGGUCACACAGAAUUUUUAUUGGCCAGGCAUACACAAGGACAUAAAGAAACACAUAAACAAAUGCAUACCAUGUCUGACAAAAAACCCAAUACACAGUAAACACAGAGCACCCAUACAACCCACAGACAAAAUAGGUAGAAACUUUGAGAAGGUAGCUAUAGAUAUCAUUGGUCCUCUUAAUCCACCAUCAAAUAAGGGACACAAAUUUAUUUUAACCAUGAUUGAUAUGGCAUCUAGAUGGCCAGAGGCAAUUCCCCUCAAAAACAUUAAUUCAGAAACAAUUUGCAUGGCAUUAUUAGAUGUAUUUACAAGACAUGGAUUCCCUGAUAAAAUAUUGUCAGAUAAUGGAACACAGUUUACUUCCAACUUAACCAAUGCAGUUACAAAAAUGCUAGGUAUAAUACAAGUACAUUCCACAAUAUAUAGACCACAGGCUAAUGGUAUGGUAGAACGAUGGAACAAAACACUAAAAACAAUGUUAAAUAAAACAACAAUAGACCACCCUAGAGAAUGGCACCUAUAUAUACCCAUGGUUUUAUUCGCCUAUAGAGAGAGUAUACAAGACACCACUGGGUACUCUCCAUUUGAGCUAAUGUUUGGGGCCAAUCCAAAGGGACCGUUAACUCUUUUUAAAGAAAAUAUUUUAGGCCAGAAAGGCACACAACAAGACACAUUUGACAUAAUUACAAAAAUUAGAGAGAGGAUUACAUAUGGCAUAGAAAAUGCUAAAGAAAACACUGAUAGGGAGUCUAAAAGACAAAGACAUAUAAAGAAUACACAUAGAUACCUCAGAGAUCUUAAAGUACAUGAUAAAGUUUUGGUAUGGUUGCCAAACAAUAAUGGACAAAAGAUUUGGCAGGGUCCGUUUACAAUUCAUGACAAGUUAAAUUUAGUUGAUUAUGUAAUUCACAUGAAGGGUGAAUUGAAAGUCCUACAUGUGGACUUGCUCAGAAAAUAUGACUCUGUUCCUGAAGAGUUAGAAACCAUCAGUAAUGAAAUAAGUAGCACAGCCACCGUUGCUAGUGUUAUACAAUUAGAAGACAAUGAAAAUAACACCACAACAAACAGACACUUAACAACAAUUCUAAAAGAAUACAAAGAUGUCAUCACAGAGAACAUAGGACACACUAGCAGUUUAGAACACAAGAUAAUAUUAACACAGGAACCCACAUUCAAACACAAAAUCUAUCCAAUUCCAUAUGCAUUUAGGGAAGAAGUAAAGAAAGAACUAAAUCAUUUAAUACAGACUAACAAGAUUAAAAGAUCAGAUUCACCAAUAGCAUCACCCAUGGUAGUAGUAAAAAAGAAAAAUGGCCAGUGCCGUAUAUGUUGUGACUAUAGGGAGUUAAAUAAAAUCACACAAUUAGAUGCAGAACCCAUGAGGGACACCAGAGAACUACUGGAAGAAAUAGGCUCCUCCACAUUAUUCACCCACUUAGAUUUAAACAGAGGAUUCUGGCAAAUAGGCAUGCAUCCGGAUUCCAUGCCUUUGACUGCAUUUGCCACAGAGGAAGGCUUGUUCGAAUGGACAGUAAUGCCAUUUGGUCUAGUUAAUUCCACCGCAACAUUUUCUCGAUUCAUGCGAAUCAUGUUAGAAGGCAUACCAAAUGUAGUACAUUUUGUCGAUGAUAUCUGCAUUCACACUAAGGAUAUGAAGACACAUAUAGAGACUAUAAAAACAGUACUAAACAAAUUAAGAGCACAUGGAGUUACAAUAGCACCAAACAAAUUAAAGUUUGCACAAGAGGACAUUGAAUUUUUAGGAUUUAAAGUCGGUAAGAACACAAUUCAGCCCACAGAACACAACAGAGGAAAAAUACUAAAUAUAAAAACACCACACACUCAGAAAGAAGUAAAAGCCAUUUUAGGUUUGUGCAAUUUUUACAGCACUUUUGUUCCAAAAUUUUCUGAUGUUACACUACCCUUAAGGAAACUAAUAAAUAAAGAUAGCAAGAAACAAAUAGUAUGGACGGAUGAAUGCGAAAAUACACUGAGAACAAUCAAAGAAAUUUUCCAAAGUGACAACAUAUUGUUAUCACCCAAUUUUAAACAGUCUUUCACUCUAGUUACAGACGCCUCCAACAUUGGAUUAGGAGCUUGCCUUAUGCAAGAAUACAAUCAUAAAUUAAGACCAAUUACCUAUUUAAGUAGAGCACUAAGCAGAACUGAAAUUAACUACUCAACUAUUGAAAAAGAAUGCUUAGCAAUUGUGUGGGCACUUACCAAACUACAGAAAUAUCUAUUGGGCAGAAAAUUUAUAUUAUUGACUGAUCACAAGCCAUUAAUGGCACUAAAUAGAAAGAAGAUAGCAAACAGUAAAAUAAACAGAUGGUCGUUGAUACUAUUAGAUUAUCAGUAUGAGAUAAGGACAAUAAAAGGAAAAGACAAUACAGUAGCUGAUUUCCUUUCCAGACACAUUGAACAUGCAGACAAUGACAAAGACACUGACUUAAGACACAUUAGUCAGACAUUCUAAAUGAAUAUACACACAUACGUUCACUCAGUUUUUUGAUAAGACACUUGUACAUAUCAAUUUUUGUAAAUGAAUAUCAGAUUUUAACCAAUUGUAAAUUUUCUAAUGCAAAAUUUAAGAUUGUUACAUUCAUUUUGCAGUGUUUAUUAUUCAUUAAGAUGUCAAUGUCACUUCACAUUAUCAUACAUAAAGAUUUUAAGAGGUUGUCAUUGGUGAUUUUGUAAUUUUUUGCCAGGGUAAAUUAUUCACUAGUAAAAGGCCCUGUAUUUCAUAAUGAUGAAAUGUUAAUGUUGUUACACUGAUUUGAUUGUUAGAUGUGGCAUUGAAAUUUUCUAAGAGACAUUAUCAUUAUUUCAACAUAUAAUGCCAAAAAUUUUGUUGCACAAAAUUUUUUCAGAUGGGUGGGGCAUGUAACGGACAAUGUUUUCACAUGAAAACAGAGAGGUAGCAUGAGUGAACAAUGAAUGGUGUUGACCAUGUUUUUGUCCACGAGGACAAUGAAUUGUAUUUUGAGAUACAAAUGUGAGCUCCACGUUUUUGGAGAGUAAAAUUAUGUUUUUGUCAGAGCGGUUGUUUUGCACGCUUUGCUGGUAAUAAAGUAUGAGUUGACUGAUAUAGUAGAGAGCUGAGCGCAGAGCAGGAGAGUCAGUAGCGUGAGAGCUGUGUGAUUAGACAGUUGACAGUUUAGUGUGAGGACGUGUCUUUCUUAAUGAUGGAAUACUAUAGAUAUAUAUGUGAAAUUACAUUCAUGCAAGGAUUAUAUAUUAAUAUUAUCAAUAUAAAGUGUGUUCAAUAAAGUACUGUAAGUUUAACCAGGAUUCAGUAUUCUUAUUUGCGUGCCCGGAUUAUAAGUGGAAGAAUGAAGAAGCCUUAGUCGGCAUCCUGAAAUAUCAACAUAACAUAAGUAACCAUACUACUGACAUAACCUACAGCAUAAGAAAUAAGAUCCCACGCCAUGUCAGAGUAGGUGUGUUACAGUUAGGUCAACAUUUUAUAGAGAAAUGUCUGAGCAUGACAUAUUUUUAGGACACAUUUUCUAUCUUUUCUAUUGACUUGUUUUUCCUUUUGAUCACAAGAUUAUGUUUGAAUAAAUUUUUGCUUAGAUUAAAAGUUUUAAUGUAACGAUUAAGCUUACCAUUUUUUACAUUGUUUUCAACAGGUCAUUUUCUUAUGAUAACAACUUUCAAUACCAAGAUUCACCAAUUCCUGAGGACGUUAUUGUUAUUUUAGAUAGCGCAGGGAGACUGGUGCGGAAAUUUGGUGCAGGCCAGUAAGUGGUGCUUUUAUGGUGUUUACUUUAUAAUCAAAAGGGGGGAUCUUAGCAAAAUAUGUAAUUUGCAUAAGAAUUAACAUUUUCUAAGUUAGUCUUUUUAUAAAGAUAUGACCUUAGGUUUGAACACCAGCUCCUUGAGCCAUUGAGCCCUUGUGUAAUAAAAAAAAAUAUGAUAACAUAAAAUAAGAUAAGAUUCUUAUAUACUGAUCCAAAUAAAUGGAAAAUGUGUUUUGAUUAUGUUGUUCAUGUGUAUUUUUAGUAUAUGGAUAAACAGUCUGAUUAAAGUAAUUUUUUUAACUAGUUCAAUUUAAAUGUAAGACAUUUUUAAUAAUUUAUCAAAUGCAAAAAUGAGCCAUUAUAUGUUGUAAAACCUCAUUUUAAGAGUGGUUUUAAGAUUUUCAAACAAAGAAAUUCAGUAGCAGCAGCACAGUUUGCCACAUGUAUUUAAUCAUCUUCAAAACUAAGAUUGGCACUAACUACUACCGAUAAUUUUUUACUCACUCAGCGAUGGAACAAAUGUUUGAUACACAUAACGCAUAUAUGUGAAGCUUUCGUUAAACUUUGUUUAAAAAAAUGUGGUGCCAAAUAUCUGUAAUUUUGUUUUCCAAUGACAGGUAUUUCAUGCCUCAUGGCAUUGAAGUUGAUAAUCAAGGCAAUCUGUGGCUUACAGAUGUUGCACUUCAUCAGGUAACAGUUUAGAAAACUAGGUCUAGUACAUUUUUAAAAAAUUAUAAUGGGAUUAAUUUAAUAAUUUAAACAAAUAUAUAUUAUUUUUGUAGAUGUAUUUAAGUGUAAGAAGAAUGAAAAUGUAAAACUAUUUCUUUUAUAAAUGCUUAGGUUUUUAAAAUACCAGCGGGUGAAACCAAACCAACUCUGACUCUGGGUCACAGAUUCCAGCAUAGUGAAAACCUGACCUGUUUCUGUAAGCCCACAGAUGUGGCUGUUGUUUCCAACGGGGAUUUCUUUGUAUCUGAUGGGUAGGUCCAUGCAUUUAAUCCUGGAUAUUACAUAUAGUGCCCAAAAUCUAUUUAAAAUAUUUACAGAUAUGCAAGCAUACUAAUAAAAAAAAUAAUUGAAUAUUUAGGAAUGUACCAACUUGGACAUAUAAUUUUAGUAUUUAAAAAGUACUGUACACAAGAGUGUUCCAUUUUGAAGACUAAAAUACUAACGCACCAAUAUUUUUUUCUCAAUUUAAAUAAUAACUCUUACUGUUAAUUCUUAGUAUAACUAUUUCUUUUUUUUUUUUUUUUUUUUUAUUGAUUGUUUUGCACCUUUAUUUUUUUUUUUUGGUUUACCGGGUACCUGUUUUUCAACUUAGGUAGUAUGUCAUUUUGAUAAUUUUUUAAUCUGUAAUUUUUUAUAUUUUUUUCUCAAUUUAAAUAAUAACUCUUACUGUUAAUUCUUAGUAUAACUAUUUCUUUUUUUUUUUUUUUUUUUUAUUGAUUGUAUUGCACCUGUAAUUUUAUUUUUUGGGAUACCGGGUACCUGUUAUUCAACUUAGGUAGUAUGUCAGUUUGAUAAUUUUUUAAUCUGUAAUUUUUUUUAAAACAGAUACUGCAACAGUAGAGUAUUAAAAUUCUCAAAAGAUGGUCAGCUCCUCAAGGCAUUUGGACAGAGAAAUUUAGGUUUUUGUGAGUGAUCUUUGCGAACCUUUAACGUUUCCUUUGACUUAAAAGGAAAUUUUUUUUUUUAAAUUGCAAGACAAUAGCAGUUCUGUACAAUUUUGAAAAACUGCUGGAAACAAAAAUGAACUGAAGCUGUGCUCUUUAUAAAUAAUUUUUAAAUCUAUUUUCACAUCUUUUUAAAGGUAGCAAUAUAAAUUUUGAAUUAAUCGGUAAUGUAUAGGACAAAAUUUUAUUUUAAAAUAAUGCUCUCAGAUAUCAAUCUUGUAUCCCUAUUUAAAUUACAGCCUAGUUGGUUUUUUUCAAUAAUGUCUUAAAUCAUUUUUUUUUAAAUUAAUCAAAAAUUAUUUAUCCGUGUCCAGCACCAGCGCCCCCUGUGGGUGUGUUUGACAUCCCUCACAGCAUUACUGUGUCAGAAGAGAAUAAUCUGGUCUGUGUAGCAGACAGAGAGAAUGGACGUGUGCAGUGCUUUGAUCUGGAUGGAAACUUUAAACACAUGAUUAAACACCUGCAGUUCGGCCCUCGCCUGUUUGCCAUCGAGCAGUGCCCAGAACAUGGUCAGCUUUUAGUUUUAAAAAAAAAUAACGUAACUAUUUCAUCUGCUCUUGGUAUAUUUAGUUGUGUAUUUCUGGUUUGGGGAUGGGUUGAGGUGGCAUGUGUGUGUCAGUCAGUGGUAAGAUAAAGUUUUGAAUCCACUGUCAAGAGUGUCCACACAGUGGAGAUCAUAUGUCUAUAAAGAGCCAACCAUUACUGAACAUAUGUUUUUUGUUGUAGGGGGUAUUCUAUAUGCUGUUAAUGGCCCUGCCUAUGAUGGGCCAUCUGACUUCUCAGUUCAAGGCUUCACAAUGGACAUCAAUACUGGUGAUUUGUUGGAGAUGUGGAAUGUGCCUGAGGUAAAGACAUUAGCAGUUAUGUUGUCUUAUUACAUUGUUCACAAGCUGAUGGAUUCUUCUAAUAAAAUUUAGAGAUGUCCUUACAACGAAGACUGGGUCUAGCCUCGUGAACUUGAAUGUAAAAAAUGAACAGGCGGGUAUCCCCUCAUCAGUGUUGACCUAAAAACUGAUUCACAAAGAGCAAUUAUGUUUUCAUCAAUAGGACAUAAAAAUAAAUAAUGCCAACAAAUGUUGUUUUAAAAAGUAUCCAAUUUAAAAGGAAUCAAAAAAGUUUAAAAGGAAUCCACAUUUUGACAUAAUUCUUCCCUCCAGCAUCUGAAGAACCCCCAUGAUGUCUGUGUGCACCCAGCCAGUCACUCAGUCUACAUUGGUGAGCUGAAUCCUACAGCAGUCUGGAAGUUGUCUAGAUUAUCUCCUGCGCAACCUGUGAGACCAGUUGUUAUACAGGGUGAGUUGUCCAUAUUAUCUCCUGCCCAACCAAUGAGACCAGCUGUUAUAUAGGGUGAGUUGUCUAGAUUAUCUCCUGGCCAACCAAUGAGACCUGUUGUUAUACAGGAUGAAUUGUCUAGAUUAUCUCCUGCCUAACCAAUGAGACCAGCUGUCAUACAGGGUGAGUUAUCUGGGACUGAGCUUCUCAAAGUGUGAGAUUUAGUUGUUUUCUGAGUUCUUUAAUUGAUCUUCAUUGACCUAAGUACAAUAUUCAUAAACGACGAUUUUUUUUCUUCAAACUUUCAGCUUCAGUUUAAAAACUAUCUCUAGAUGCAUGGUUUUUUAAAGCAGCCAUAGUCAGCACCUUGUUAAUUAUUGCUUAGUUUUGCUGAAUCUCUGUCUUCCAUCGCAUAAUCAUUUUGAUAUUUAUUGUAUUUUUUUCUUCAAAUAUUUCAGAGGAAAGUACACAAGCCCACUCUGGAGAAGCCAAGUUGUCUUCAGACAUAAUAAGUAACUUAGGUGUUAAUAGCACAUAUUCAGAUGGAAGUUCAGAUAGCAGCAGUGAUUUCACACCUUCAGUCAUCAUUGGCAUCCUGCUGGUCAUCCCCGUUAUCCUGCUGCUGGUCAUCACUCUCCUGGUCAGGGCCCAUCAUUCAGGUGAGAAAGAGUUUUAUAACUCUUUUAAUAAAAGGCAGGGAACAUAAUUUAUUCACUCCUGUUAGUUGUAGAGAUUUUGAGGUGUGACUUCCAGGAUAAAUAUUUGUUGUUAUGAUAGCUGCAACGAAAAAGUGAAAAUAAUAAGUUUAAAUAACAUUAUGUAGUAUGCAUACAAAAAAAAUAAAGAUUGCACUCCUAAAGAAGGACAAAUUCGUAGAUAAUUGUGGGUUGUUUUUUUUUAUUUUUAAAUUAUUAUUUAAAACCAUCUGAAUACUAGCUGCAAUGGGAAAUAAAGAAACUCCAUAUUUAUUUUAAGAAAAACUUUUCAAGUGUUUAUUUGAAAGUCUUGGGGAGGUUUAGAAGACAUUAAAUGUACUAUUAUAAAAAUAAAAGACAUUUGAAAUGGUUACAGUGGCCAUUAAAACUCAGAUGACUGUGUUUCUACUUAUUUUUUGUGUUUAAAAAAAAAAUGAUAAUUAAAGUAAAAGAAGACUCUUAUUUUUGCUUUUGUAAAUACAAUCUUAAAAAUAUUCUUUUUACAAUCUGCUGCUUCUGGACACACAAAAAAUGCACAUUGACUUUUCAUAAAAUUUCCACAUGAUUUUUGAAUGAAUAGUAUCCUUAAAGGAAAAAAUCAAUCAACUAAUUGUAAUUUACCCACAUUUACAGGAAAGUUGAAAUGCUAUGGACAUGGAAACAAGCCCAGGGUGUUUAAUCUCCAGGGAAUUAUGGGCAACUCGCACAAAGGAUUUGACCCACUGAGCACAGAAGAAAGUGAUCACGAGGGUGACCCUGAUGAUUCAGAUCACAAAGAAUAUUUAGCACCAAAGAGAAUCAAAAGCAAAGCAUAAAAAUAACCUUCGCAUAAAAAUAUUUUUCUCUAAAUAUUUGUUUUUAAAAUCAAAAUUUAUAUUCCCCAAUUGUGAACUCUGCAGAUAAUUUGAAAUUGUCAGUAAUAUUUCCAAGCCCAAUCUUGUAAAACAUAUUUUUAAGCUUUGGGUUUUAUUACAUUUGUUGAUAUAGUUGUGAUCUGCUAAAGCCUGUGUUACGUGAUUGAUUAUGAUAUAUACACUUUCUUACUUGAUGGUUUAACUUUUUCUAAAUGACUAAACUAAAAUGAAAUAAACAGGGUAAUGCAGCUUUAAGCUCUCUACACAAACUUGAAACCAUCUGUUUAUCCAGUUUCUUACUGCAGUUGCUGAGAAAAUCUGAGCACUGUAUUGUUUGAAACAGUUAGACUCAUAGAAAGAUGAGUCCAGUGUUUAUGCCAAGCUAUCUCAGACAUUUUACUGUAGCCAAGAGUACAGUUAAUUGUGCUGUUAUUUUUGUUACAGAAAUAUUGGUCUACGAUUAACAUUGGGAAUCAACACAAAGGAAUUAUUUUCAAAAUGGUUGUGGUAAACAAAACAUUCCUUGUAAUUUUUUUUUUUUAAUGGAACAAAAAAAAAAAAAAAAAAUUCCUUGUAAUUUUUUUUUUUUAAUGGAACAAAAAAAAAAAAAAAAAAGUCUGGAAUAUUUAUCAUUUUACUUGACUUUUAAUUUGUUUGUCAAAUAAAAUUAUGAUGGUUAUAAAUAAAGGUAUGACCUUUCAUGAUGUAUAAUGCAUCACUAUGAAAUAAGGCACUGUCCAAACACUGUGGACCGUUUGACUUUCAGGGUGUGAAAAAAAACAAUCCCCAAGGUUUUAUUUGCCACUUAAUCCUGACUAUCAAUAGGACAUGAGGUAUUCUAUUUAAGGCUUGGUAAAUCCCCAACUCAAGGGGAAAAAACUUUUGUUGCCAUAUUAAUAUUUCAGCUAAAAACACUCAUGUGAAAAAAAAUAUAUUUAUAUUUUACCCCCAAAAACACCAGUUAUUUCCUAGUGUAGGUAAAAAAAAAAAUUGUUACCAUAUUUAUUGACACUUAAUACUUCUUUUUUUGCUCUACUUCUAUCCAGUGCCAGAUGAAACCUGCACAGCCCUUAGGUGGUCCAAAGCCCUUAGGUGGUCCAAAGCCCUUAGGUGGUCCAAAGCCCUUAGGUGGUCCAAAGCUCUUAGGUGGUCCAAAGCCCUUAGGUGGUCCAAAUUUUGGGAGCCUUCCUCGCUAAUUAACUUUUUAAUAUUAGUUUCCUCAGUCAAAAUCAACCAUGAGCAUCUUAAUCUUUGUAUAUGCUGAUUGUGAACUUUGCUUUGGGUGCGCAGAUGGCCGAUGAGACCAUUGUUGGCACUUUUCAAUAUAUCCUUCGAUUUUGUUGCAAGUCAACCUUGUGUAAAGUAUGACCACUGACUUAUGAAAAAUCUCUUUGAAGUUUUUGUUUCACACUUUCUGGUUAGUUAUUCACUGACACAAUUAGAAAGAAGCACAGCUUCUUCACUUUCUCUGAUUCUUCAAUCCUUCCAAGUAAGGACAUAUAAUAAUUAUCACAUCAGACUACUGUAAAUUGGAAAUGGUUAAUUCGCCAGUAGUGUUUGUGAUCAUUAGACACCUAUACAUUUUUAAUUCUAUCACGACAUUUGGGAACCAUGUUUGCGCCAUAUUUAAAAAAAAUAAGUUUGCAUGAAUUGAUUACAAUGCAGUUUCACAAGAUGCUUCUAACUUUGAAAUGAAAUUCUUGAAAUGUAUCAUUACUUCUACUAACUCCAACUCAAUAUCCUCAGAAUAAUAAUCUCCUAAAUCUUUGGAUGGCUUCUUUAAUUUUAAUAUCUUUCUUGGAUACUUUGAGGAAACCAAAUAGAAAAUGAACUGUGCUUUACACUUCUACCUGCCAUAAAAAAAACUCUUCGCCCAAUAUUUCUAUAUUUCAGGCAGGUUUCAGUCUUGAACUUUUCUAUUCCUCAAAACACGACCUAUUCUGUAUCACCACCUUUGAAAUGUCCUUUUCAUGCCUGCUUUCAACACUGUGUUACUCAUGGAUAUCUUUAUUUGCCUUCCUCUCGUUAUUAAACAUUUCUCUUGUGAUCUUAACAAAAUGGAACAUUGAUGUAAAGAUAUUGUUUUAAAUUGUAUUGAUUUGCUGACUCCAUUGAUCCGGUCAAGGAUUACAGCCCAGAAACUUGUCAUGAUGAUACAUUCCUUUUUUUUGAUAGCACAUUUUGCAGAUAUUUGGCUUCAUGAAUUGUCUCUAGCUUCUGAUUGACAUCUUCAGCAUUGACCUGCAAAGCCUUGAGCAAUCUGCUCUAGCCAUGGGAUAGUUUCUUGCACAGACUUGUGUCAGCAGUCUCUAUAGUCAUUGCUCUAUUGGGAUAAUGGUAACAAUCAACUAAGUAGUGUGGACAUCAGCCACUAGAUGGAGUAUGGAGAUAUCCGAGAUGCCCAUCUUUACUGUACAUUACAUCAAUGCACGAACGUUCUAGAUCACAUCUAUUUUUUUGUUUAAAGAUUUGGAUACGUUGUGGAGGGCCCCUACUAAUAAGGGUUGGGGCCUAUCCAUAAUAACAUACUUUGCUUUUUGGGUAAUCUGGCCCUGUAAUCUGGCACUUUUUCUACCCCUGAUAAUUAACCAUGUUGUCACUUAAUAUUCUAAUUCUACUUACCAGAGCAAUACAACUGCAAUGGUGGAUUCAAAUUAUUUGCAUUCUUCUUUUUUUGAAACUCUUUACAUUUAAAUAAUCAAAACAUCUCCCUGUAAAAGCAAUAAGACCCUCAUCUUCCACUUAAGUAAAAGUCCUUUGCUUUACAUUCAGCUGGCUGUUCUGUUUAUAAAAAAUGCAGAAGAAAUUAGCAUAGCAUGAUAUGAUUUCUAAUAGAUGAUAAUUGUGUCGUUUAUUUUGAAACUAUUAUUCAGUUUUCCUUAAUUGUCAACCCAGUUUUCUCCCAAUGCCCGUAUCUUUUGUUUUCAUUAAGAUCUGCUGUUUUUUAACAAUGAUUAGGCAUAAAUGCCCUGACUUCAAUUAUAUGUUGACGGGUUGAAUGCAUAGCUUUAUUUAGAGUGUUUUUUUAAAGGAAUGGCAAGAUUUCAAUUACUUUAUCCACCAAAUGAUUUUAGAGGCAUCACGUUACACCAAAAUAUUAAUUUAAAUUAGAUUUAUUUUAAGAAACGUUUGAGUUUGAAAAAGCUAAAUUAUCGGCAUUAGCAUUUACUCAUUGUUAAAACAUAUAUCAAAUUUCUUUCAUUGGAUCAAAGAUCAUCACCUUGCAGCUACGAGCACUACAUUUACUUUAUAACACCAUAGUAGCAUUAAAAUAAAUGUUAUUUAACUUUUUAUGUUAUAACAAUAUGUGUAUACUAAAAAUGAUGAGGAGGCAACCCUCCUGUUUAGAGUUGUCACAUUUCAGUUAUAUUUUCAGCUCACAUUUCUAAGAUAAACAUAUCACUGCUUGCGAACAGCAAGAAAAUAUACAAAAUAAAUAUAGUCCAGGUAUUUUUCUUGCUGCCAUUCUCCUCACACCACUUUUUUUUUUUUUUUUAAAUGGCUGCAUUUUAACAUUUUAUAUCCACCAAGCAACUUAAGUACAAAAAUAACUUCAAUCAACUUUUCUUUUCCCCCUGUUUCAUUGAAAAAUAUGGUGUUGUUAACUCAAUAACUUUUUCAACAUGGACCAAAUUUAUUUCGCUUUAAUACAAUUAAAUUUUUUUUUUUCUUGCUGCCAUUCUCCUCACUCCUCUUUUUUUUUUUUUUUAAAUGGCUGCAUUUUAACAUUUUAUAUCCACCAAGCAACUUAAGUACAAAAAUAACUUCAAUCAACUUUUCUUUUCCCCCUGUUGCAGUGAAAAAUAAGGUGAUGUUAACUCAAUAACUUUUUCAACAUGGACCAAAUUUAUUUCGCUUUAAUUCCAUUAAAUUUUUUCUAUUCAUUUUUUUAUUUUAUUUUAUUUACAGAAUUGCUAUAUAUCAUUUUUAAAAACCUGAAAAUUUAACAAAAAUAGACAAAAAAGCAAGCUAUUGUCAUUUUAAAUUUGUGAUUUUCCAUUUAGCAAAAUUUUAAAUAUGUCACAACGUCACGUCCUGCAACAAAGGUAAAUUUUUCAUGCUGUGUGGAUAUAAUGUGUUUAACACUUUGAAAAAUCCUCCUUGUAGAGAGAUUGCAUAAUCAUGACAUCGGAGGUGUUGGUGUUCUUUUUAAUUGUAUUUUUUUAAACUGUACUCAUGUUUUUGUUGUGGACUCAAGAAAUGCCCGAUAAGAUCACAGGGAAAGUAAAUCUUUUAAACAUGAUUUUCCAAAAAGAAAUUUCCGAUAUGAUUUCUUGAGUCCAAUGAUAAUUUAAACUAGUCACGCGGCUUGUUAACCCAAUGGAAUAUCGAAAUUGUUUACUCCUUUACUUAAAAGUGCUACAUAAUUCAUUUAAUUGUAGCACCCAACCCAAUCAAAUGUCAGUUAUUUAUUUUUUAACUGUAGAGUUUUGAUCACUUAAAUGAAUGUUUCAGCAUUGUCAGGUGUUAAUAUUGUUUUGUGAUGCAUGUAUUUUUUAAGUCAGUCCUUACACAUGUACAUCUCAUCUUCAUGUUUGCGUAUACCGGUUACUUUAUCAUGAACAAUGUAAUAUAUUCAUCAAAACUGACAUUCUUUUUUAUCUCUCAACUCAAAUGACAUGACACUAACAUUAACAACACAACUAUUACCAGGUUGUUUUUUUUCUAUUUCAUUUGUUUCCAACCGAUGUGACUGUUUUAAGUUCAGUACGAAUAAAGAGUUGAUUAAUCAUUUUAAAUUAUAAAAUCUAGUACGUGGUUGGAUAAUCCAUUUCAGCAAGUGGGACCAGGAUCCCUGAGGCACAAGGGGCCCUUAACUCAGGUAUGAGGAGCCUCCUGAAAUUAUUGUUAUGCUUUUCACAAGCAAUUAUUGUUAAAAGUGCUGUAUCCUUUAUUGAACUUCAGUACAGCUGGACCAGCAGUAGGUUUUACAGACUGGCAUAUUUCGUGUUACUUUUGUUUUGUUGUUUUGAUAUUUGGACAUUAACAGUAAUAAAGACAUCCUUAGCUUACUGUUUCCAUAAUGAGCUACAGGUUCCUGAGUUGGCUGUGCCCAGGGCCCCCAAAGUCAUAAUCCGGCCAUGUAGUGGAUGGAGAUGGAUUCUGGACAACCACGUCGGGACACUAUAUAACAAUUAAAACUACAUGACAACAUAAUAUACGGUAGCUUUCCAUGACUGAAAUAUUUUGACCAAACAAAAAUCUUUGAAUGACUUAGUUACUUGCUGUGUCAUGUCCCUUAUACACAACUAGCUCUGUGUUUAUGUGUGUCUUGUGUACAUGGUCUGUGCAGUACGUCAUGGGUAUCUAGGGAUCAAGAAAUAAACCUUCUAAAAAUAAAACCAA